GGGGUGGGGGUUGUUCUGCAGAAGGGGUGGGCGAGGAAGCCCCUGAGGGGACCCAAUCCUCGCCUGCCAGCUUGCGGCCGGAGUCAGGACGCCAGGCUCGGGAGGGGCGGGGGCUCGGGAGCGACUGCCCCAAAGAAAGGCGGCGCACGCUCCGCGGGCCCACAGAGGUUGGCGGGCGGGGAGAACUGCCCAGUCAGUCGAGUCCGUUAGCAGAAGGAGGCGCCCAGCAGCAGCAGCAGCAGCAGCAGCAGCAGCAGCAGCGACAGCCGCCCUGCCCAGAGACUGAAGCCCGCCGAGCCAGCCCGAAGGCACCAUGCCCAAAACGGUACGGAGAGCCUGCCGGGAGAGGCUUGCGCCCUCCACGGAGAAUGGGAGGCCCCGCGCAUUGCACUUUUCCCUCAGCCCCGCUGUCGAACUGAGAGUCGACCCCGUUUGCUUCCCGCCUGGGGAGGAGGAGGGCUUCCCUUGCGCGCGUAAAGCCCCCACUGCGCCUCACUCAGAAACUCUUUGCUUGACCCUACGCGCCACGGAGGCUUCUCUGCUUCACGUUCUCCGGGCGGGCUCCGGGCCGCGGGGUGGAGGGGGGGUGUGGGGAGGCGGGCGACAGUUCGAGCCCGGCUGACGGCGACGGGGCGGGGGAUGACGGCGGCUCCCGGCCCUGCCACUUCCCUAGUCUCCCGGUUGGCGGCGGGUCUCUCCCGUCUCCUCCUUUCUCCGGGGCCCGCUGACCCGCCUGAGGCAUUUGGGUCCUUCCCUCUCUCCUUCCCUCACUCUCUCGCCUCUUCCUCGUGAAUGGGACACAUUCAUGGCAGGAAGGAGGAGGAGGAGGAGGGAGGGAGGGUCUUUGUGAAGCGGGAGGGCAAGCGCCCGCUGUCGGGUGCUUGGCUGACUGAGGGGGCGCGCGGGCGGCUCUCCAAAGCCAGUGGGCCUUCUCCAAGGGGCGUCAGUCGGGGCGCGCCUCUAGCCGCACGAGGAAGUUGUGUCCUCCCCCCUCCCUGCCAGCCCAGCCCAGCCCACUCUUCUCGCACCCCCCUCCUUGAUGCGCCCCGGCCCACGCCCCGCUUCGGGCCUUGAGUUGGCAUUGGUUCCUCAGCGCUUCUCAAGAGCCACUGAAAGUUCGGCGGUUGGAUGGGGGCCUGUUUGUCGCUGCCAUCUCCCUCCCCCAUGUGGCCGGAGAUGUGUGACCGUUUUUCUCGGAGAACUCCUCUUAGCUGAAACUGAGGCAAAAAUCCCGGGAAAACCUCUUUGAGUAGAGAAGCUGGAUGUGAAUUCAGCUUUUGAGCAGGUCAUGAACUGAACCACUUCACAACUUUCCACUCCUGUUUUAUUACCGAAACCAAUCUAAAUUUAUUUGCUACCACCUAUAUAUGGCAUUCUGAUUGAUUCAGAAUGCUAGAUGCCCCAGUUAUGUGUUCUGUGAAACCCAAGGACUCUGACUGUACAUUGCAACACACUGAUGAUGCCCUUGGGGUUGUUUCGAACAUUUUGUCACCCACUCUGAGCGUUGUUUCAGCAAUGGGAGGGUGGGGGGUAUAAAUAUUUUCUGUAGUUAUGUAUGUAGCGUUGCUCGUUUCAUUUGACGGGUUGGACAGGGCAGCAUCCGUUGGCGAAAGGGCAGGUUUGGUCACCCUGCAAAAGUGCAGUGCUACCAUUUGCUCUGUAGGGAUAGCUGGCGGGGCCUGGGGAGGUAACGAUAGCUUGGCGUUUUGUGUUGUGAUUAACGCCCCCCCAAAAAAAACAAUUUGCAAAAGUCCAAGUGACCAGUCUCUGAGAGGACUAACUUCACCAGGAACUUGAGUUAGGACCGCAAACUUUUAAGCAGCAGAAAGUUUUUUUUGUUUUUUUUUUGAGCAAAGGUACAUAAUAUUACCGGGGGCAUGCAUCCUUAUGAAUACAUGUUUUUCUGAGGGCUGGAUGCAAAAGAAGAUGGGCACUCCUUACCUUUGUGUAAAGGGGGACAGGCAUUCAUUACAAGAUGCUCCUUCCCAGUGUUCCCUCAUCUUUACAACCAUCAAGGUUACUAGAAACUCCUGUUCUCUUUUGAUUCAGGUAUCCAAUGCAUAAUUCCUGCUUUUAUUUUUCUCCUCACCUUACCUAAGGCUGCAAUCUUAUGUAUGUUUGCAGGGGAAUAUGCCCCACUGAACUCAGAGGGUCUUACUUGUGGGUAUAUGUACAUAAGACACCACUCUGCAAUUUUCUGUGAAAAUUACCCAUGCUUAAGUCUCAUCUAAAUCAAUGGAGCUGAUGUUGCAAUAGGUCUCACUCAUUUCGGGGUAACUUAAGCAUGCCUCACUUUCAAGGGCUUGCACUACCCACUGAUAAUUUUGUGUGAGGCUAAUUUGCAAGGAGUUUCUAUUUUAGGGGCUAUGGAAGGGUGUUUGUAUGCACAGCAUUGCUGCAAGCUGUGGGUAACUGGCCUGGAAAGACCCUCGUCUGCCUCAGACCCUGAAGAACCACUGCAAACAAUACUGAGCUAAAUGGACCAAUGGCUUGACUCAGUUUGAGGCAGCUUCCUGUGUUCCAUUUUGCACUUACAAAAGUGUGUGUGUGUGUUCAGAAAUAAUGAAGCUCCUGCUGCUUGCACUCAGUGGAGGCGGCUGGAUAAAUUAAUGCAGUUGUGCAACUUUCCAUUGGCAACCGCCAGCAAGCAGUAAUGCCCUCUGGUUGCUUUGCAUCUUAGAAAGACUUGCAUGAGAGUUUUAUUCUCUUCCACAAAACGCAAAAAACCCCACAGGAAGAUGCCAAGCCCAGGACGUCUUCUCCCUAUAUCCUGGCCCUUCAAUCGCACCAGCUCUCUAGGCAGAGGGUUGAUCACAUCUCACUGCAGGAAGCAUAAAGCAAUCUCUUUCUGCUUGGGUUUUCCCUGCUAUGGUGAAACCCAUCUAUGGGUAGGACAACCAUUUUACUCUUAGAGGGGAUUUUGAGCAUUGAUAAGCAUAUACUCCUGAAUGUGUUUCUUAAUGAAGUAUCAGAAAUUCUGUGACUAUGAAAACUACAUCAGCUGUCGUAGAUGCAUAAUGGUAUAACCAGUUUAACACACUAAAGUUAGGAACCACAAGAAACUGCCUCAUACUGAGUCAGGCCAUUGGUCCAUCUUGCUCAGUAAUGUCUACACUGACUGGCAGCAAGGGCUCCCAAGGGUUUCAGGAAGCAGAUGCCAAGAGGGAUUGAACCUGAGACCUUCUGCAUGUAGAUUCUCCACCACUGAUCUCUGUUCUCUAUGGGUCUUCCAGCUUUCUUGUAAUUCAUAAUUCGUUUCUCUCUUUGAGUUGCUACAGAGCCUUGUCUCAGCUUGACUCAAAAGUAUUUCUUGGCUAAGGGAGGGUCUGUUGCCUUAAAUGCUGAGCUUCUCAAGCCCAUACUUGACUUCCUUUUGAAAAAAGGAGGUUGUCUGCAGGGAAGGCCCUCUUUAUGUAAAAAAGGAGAGAGACUUUUGCAAGAAACACUUUUGCUUCUUGCUAUUUAGUUUCCAAUUAGAAAACUUCUGGAGCUAACAAAAAGUUAGAAAUCCUAAAACAGUUUUUUUUAAAGAGAGAGAGAGAGAGAGAGAAUCAUGCAGCAUAGGAGAGUAAGAUUUUUUAUUUUUUUUAGAAGGAAAAUGUUCCAUGCAAAUCUCUUUAAAGUAAUGAAUGAAUUGUGAUUCCGGCGCACCUGACUGUUGGGAAAGACCUGUUCGAUUCUUUGAUCUGCUGUUCCCUUGAUUAUACAAUAGGUUCUUUAAAGGGACUGAUAUUUGAUACUUUCCAUUUCUUUGAUGGCAUAUAACCUUUGAAAUGAGAUUGGUUAUACAGAUAUUCCUUCCCCUUCCUUAAGUUAGAACAUUUUGGCAUGUGAAAACCCACCCCAAAAAGAGAGAGAAAGAAAGCGACUACAUUCUUCCAACCCUUUUCCUACAUGCUUUCUGAGCAAUGAGUAAUUUUUAGAACUUGCAUCAGUCAGUAACUAGGAACACACACUGUAGGAAUCAUUGCUAAGACAUCCAGUGGUUCAGAUGAAUGUUGUAAGGAGGUGUCACUUCCUGCCCCUCCACACCCUGUUGCAACUCUUCUUCUUCCUUAGCCUUGGUGCUCCAGCUUAGGGGCAGCUUUGCAGAUCAGUUUUGUGUACAGUGGUACCUCGGGUUACAAACACUACGGGUUACAGACUCCGCUAACCCAGAAGUAGUACCUCGGGUUAAGAACUUUACCUCAGGAUGAGAACAGAAAUCACACAGCAGCGGGAGGCCCCCAUUAGCUGAAGUGGUACCUCAGGUUAAGAAUGGUUUCAGGUUAAGAACGGACCUCCGGAACGAAUUAAGUUCGUAACCAGAGGUACCACUGUAUUUGCAGAUAAUGAGUGUUAAGUAGCUGCAUAUGGAAGUCCGAGGUGGAUUCAGAAGCUAAAUGCUCAUGAAUGUGGACAUGCAAAUUUGAUUAAAUAUUUAGCCUUCUGGAAUGAGUUAAAGACCUGCUAGCCAGAUUCCUCCUUUGGUGGGGAUGUCUUAAGACUAUCUUUGAGAUCAUGUUUAGAUAACAAAUAUGUGAGGUUACCUACUAUGUAUCUGGUAAACAUCUGUAUGCUAUAAUUGUUAAAGCGGGCUGCUGGAUAUGUUCUGGAAAAAGUCCUGGAAGCCUAGAAUUAAGAAUUGAUGCUGGAACCUGGGACACAGAGAUGCUUUUCUAGGCUUGCCGUUACAUGUAAUGACUAAGUGGUUAUUGCAUGGACCUUGGCUGGGGUGUUUGCAGCCUGCUGUUUUACUAGAAUAACUAUUAUCUAGAUCUAUUACAGUCGUUAUGGGAUGCGGGUGGCGCUGUGGGUUAAACCACAGAGCCUAGGGUUUGCCUAUCAGAAGGUCGGCAGUUUGAAUCCCCGCGACGGGGUGAGCUCCCGUUGCUCAGUCCCUGCUCCUGCCAACCUAGCAAUUCGAAAGCAUGUCUAAGUGCAAGUAGAUAAAUAGGUACCGCUCCAGCGGGAAGGUAAAUGGCGUUUCCGUGCACUGCUCUGGUUUGCCAGAAGCAGUUUAGUCAUGCUGGCCACAUGACCCGGAAGCUGUACGCUGGCUCCCUUGGCCAAUAAAGCGAGAUGAGUGCUGCAACCCCAGAGUCGGCCACGACUGGACCUGAUGGUCAGGGGUCCCUUUACCUUUAUUAGAGUCAUACCUUGGAUCCCGAAUGCCUUGGUACUUGGACGUUCUGGCUCCUGAACACUGCAAACCCAGGUUCUGGUUUGCGAACGUUCUUUGGAACCUGAACGUCCGAUGGGGCUUCCAUGGCUUCCAAUAGGCUGCAGGAGUUUCCUGCAGGCAAUCAGAAGCUGUGCUUUGGUUUCUGAAUGUUUUGGAAGUCAAACGGUCUUCCGGAAUGGAUUCCGUUCGGCUUCCAAGGUACGACUGUACGUGUAAGGUAGUGCUUAGGGUGCAAUUUUGCUUAAGAAUGCAAUAACACAUUGCAAAUUCACCUACUCUAACAUUAUUUACAAAUAUCCUAGCAACUAACAGGCACUUUGGCUAUCAGAGGCUAUCAGUAUGAUGGCUGUAAUUGCCUCUACAGUCAGAGGCAGUGAUGCUUCUGAAUACAAAUUGCCACAAACUCCAGGAGGGGAUAGUUCUUGGGUCCUGUUUGCCAGUUUCCCCUCUGGGUUAGCCACUGAGAGAACAGGAUACUGAACUAGAUGGGCCAUUGGUUUGAUCCAGCAGGCUCUCCUGGUGGUCCACCAAAUACUAUUUUGUCCACCCAUUGUUUACAUUGUUGAUUUAAGCUGAACAUGUUUGCAUUGCAAGAUACCUUGGGUAUGUGUGUGCAUUACUUGGUUUCUUCUUCUUCUUCUUCAUCAUCAUCAUCAUCAUUAUUAUUUAUUACUUAUACCCCGCCCAUUUGGCUGGGUUUCCCCAGCCACUCUGGGUGGCUUCCAACAGGAGAUUAAAAAUACAUUAAAACAUCAGUCAUUAAAAAAGUUCCCUAAACAGGGCUGCCUUCAGAUGUCUUCUAAAUGUCAAAUAGUUGUUUAUUCCUUUGACAUCUGAUGAGAGGGCGUUCCACAGGGUGGGAGCCACUACCGAGAAGGCCCUCUGCUUGGUUCCCUGUAACUUCUCACAGCGAAGGAACCGCCAGAAGGCCCUUGGCACUGGACCUCAGUGUCUGGGCUGAAUGAUGGGGGUGGAGACGCUCCUUCAGGUAUACUGGGCCGAGGCCGUUUUGGGCUUUAAAGGUCAGCACCAACACUUUGAAUUGUGCUCGGAACCACUUGAGCCUGCUUCAGACUCGUUUGGGGCAAAAUGUGUGAGCAGCCCACCCCAAUCAAGUGCAUUCAGUUUGCCUGACAUGAAUGGCUGAUGAGGGUUUCGGCUGAGUGUGUGUGGCUUACUCAAUGAAAGCAUCACAAUUGUGUAGAUAUGAAAUCAGCUUCUGCGAUGUUGAUUCCUGGUUGGCCCACUCAAACACAAAGUUGCAGAUGUAGAAUUGCAUAUUCUUAUGAAUUGUGAUGUGCACCAGCCCUCCUAAUUUCUAGAACAGCAUUUCUCAAAUUUGCUUUCAAGCAGGCCUCCACACCCCAGCCACCCCAGUGCUUCCCUACUCUCUAGUCAUGCUAUAGCCUUAUGGUUGGAGCGAUGCCAGCACCAGCAGUGCCCCAUAUAGCAGGUCACCUGGCAUUCCUGGAAAAGUUGACCAGUUUUGCCUUUAAGAACAAAAGAACAUAAGAGUCUUCUGGAUCAGGCCAAUGCCCACCUGAUCCAGUGUCCUGUUCUCAUAGUGGCCAACCAGAUGCUGUAAUGUAAAGGCCACAAGCAUGAUCCAAGCAAAAAAGGCUCUCCCCUUCUAUGCUUUCCAGCAACUGGUAUUCAGAAAUGUUAGUGGCUCUCAGCUGUGGAUGGAAGAGUUUAGUCAUCACAGCUGGUAGCCGUCGAUAGCCCUCUCCUCCUCUUAAAACCUAUUUUAAAGCCACCUAGCUUGGUGGCCAUGGCACUGUGGUCUAAAGCACUGAGCCUCUUGGGCUUGCCAAUCGCACAGCGGCUUGAAUUCGCAUGACAAGGUGAGCUCCCAUUGCUCUGUCCCAGCUUCUGCCAACCUAGCAGUUCAGAAGCACAACAGUGCAAGUAGAUAAAUAAGUACCGCUCUGGCGGGAAGGUAAACUGUCUCCGUGCGCUCUGGCACUUGUCACAGCAUCCCAUUUUGCCAGAAGCGGUUUAGUCAUGCUGGCCACAGAAAGUUGUCUGUGGACAAAUGCUGGCUCCCUCGGCCUGAAAAGCGAGAUGAGCGCUACAACUCCAUAGUUGCCUUUGACUGGACUUAACUGUCAUGGAGUCCUUUACCUUUUACCCCCUUUUUUUUUAACCUGUGAGAGUGAGUUCCCUAGUUUAAUUAUGUGGUGUGUGAGUAAGCCCUUCAGAGCUGCAAUUUUAAGGAGAAAGGUUUGUGUGGGUUAUACCGGUAAAUUAAAUUAUUCAGUGGAAAAACAUUCUUAUUUGAUAGACUGGCUAGUUUUAGUAAUUACUUUAACUAUGUCAUGUAUUAUUUUGUUUUUAUGUAUCUUCUUUUGUAAUGGCUUCAGCUAAACAAAAAAGCAAUAAAGUGGUUUUUUUGGGUUUUUUUGUUUUUGCUUGGUAAAGGUGGCUGGAAGACAAGACAUGUGGGCGGAAAGGAAGUUAUUUUCCCUCUAAGGAUUAGAGCAGUGUUUAAUGAACCAAAGGGGGAUAAAAGGUUGAUUUUUAGAAUAAUGGAAUGGGAGAUAAAGAAACUAAAAGCUAUUAUAGGAGGAAGAAGUAGAACCUGCAGCAAAGAAUGAAAAGGAAUGUGGAUAUAUGUUUUAAUCUGUUUAUUGUUGGUUUUGUGUUUUAAAUUGUUUAGAGAGGUGUUUUAUGGUUGUCUUUAACUGAUACUUUUAUUGUUUUAUUCUCUUUGUAAACACUUUGAGCAGUGUAUAAACUAUGAAAUAGAAUAGAUGCUUAGUGGGGGAGUGGGGUAAAAUAUAAAUGUGAAAGGAGGGGGGGAAACGAGGGUACUGUCAGUGGCGCGCGUGUGUGUGAAAAAAUAUAAAUUAAAGUGUCUUUUCUGCUCUCUCUUAAAAAGCCUACAAGUACAGAAAUUGGGCCAAGGGUCGCUUUACUGCUCCUUCCAUCCAGUGGUAGCAAGUCAGGAGCUUCUGGGAAGCUGGCAAGCAGGGGUACGUGGCAGUGGCUCAUGGUAGGGAGACAGGAACAGUGGUGACCUCCCAGGGAUGAAGGCUGGGGGAGCUCCAUGUUGGUGGCAUUGGCCCUGAAGGUACAUGUGCAGCCCCAGCACCAGACCUCACCACCACUUCCUUCAUGAGCCACCACUGAAGGUGGGGAAGGAAUAUCCUUCCAUGAAUGAGAAGUCUCAGGCCUGCUUUUCCCUGUCUGUAUGUAGUAUGCAUGAUGUGGACUGAAAGAAAGAUUAAAGCUAUGGUGUGACACAGGUGUACUGAAGCCCACUGAAAUAAAAGUAUUAAGGCAUGUCCAUCUGUGCUGGAUUGUGGCCUUCCUCAACUUGGUCCUCUUCAGAGGUUUUGCACUACAUCUUCCAUCAAUCCCAGCCAGCAUGGCUUCAAGAAAGCCUGGUGCACAAUGGGCUUUUAGGGUCUCAUUACAUUCCUCUGUAAAAUUGCCAUGUACCGGUACUUAAAUUUGCACAUAACUUUUUACGAAAUCUCACAAUGCUGAGCAACGCUUUCCAGAAAGAAACUGCACCUUUAAUGGUGACUUUCUAGUAAUAUGAUUAUGGAUAAUGUUGUUCUACUGCUGUAAAACACCAGAAGUGUCUGUUUUUUAAAAUAAUCAAGCAGCAUUUAAAUUUUAUUAAAUUAAUAAGUGUCUGAUUAAUAAGUGACUUGGUAACUGUCCUCUAUGGAGACGCUGAUCAUAUGUCUGAUACAAGAGAUCAAGGCUUGUCUGCAGCUGUGGGGGGCUGCUUCCUGUACUUGGGAUUUUCAUCUUCCUGAGCUCAGACACAAGACAAGUUAAACUAAUGUAUUGGCCUGAAUAUAAGCUGCACCUUAAAAUUUUUUUUUGGGGGGGGGAGAAAAAAAAGACAAUACCCAAAUAUAAGCUUUUCCCUUAAAAUUCCACAGGCACUCACACCCAUUCUGUUUUACUGUAUGUCUGUUUCAGCAGUGAUAUCGUAAAAGCCAGUUUUAGUAAGGUCGCGAAUAUAAGCCACACUUUAACUUUUCACGGUUGGAAUGUGGAAAAAAUGUGAGGCUUAUAUUCAGGCCAAUACGGUAUAUAUCAUGUUAGCAACAUCUAUGAACUUGUGGUUGGGAUUCUUCCUUUUUAAAAAGUAGCACUCGUGGGGUGGGGUGGGUAGGGGCUGAUUAAGAUUAAGACUGCAGAAUGGGGGAGGUGAGUUUUUCAGCAGGAAAAAUGUGCAUGUAAGGCUUUUCUUUAGGAACAUCACCACCACUACCACUACUGACUGCAUUCCAUGGUCUGAAUCCUUGCUUCUCUGCCUCCCCUCUACCAAAAAAACAUACCUGCUGGUUCUGGUUUUUGUUUUAAAGAGGGAGAAAGAAGGAAGAAAGGAAGGGAAAAAGAAAGGAGGAUGUUCUCAAACAUAGGAUUCAGAGACACGUGAGAUCUACUGGUAGCUGGACCUUUCUACUGGGGUGGUGGCAUUGUAGUGUUAUGGAAUUAAUGCAGUUCCAGCUAGCACACCCACAAGCUUUCAAACCACCUGAGGGAGGCUUUCUUUAUGAACCAGGUGAAGCAGCCAAGACCUGCUAAGGUCAGUGGGACUAACUGUGAGUUCUUCAUAGUUCCAUCUCCUGCCAAAAUGACACCUCAAAGCAUAAGAUUUCAUCAAGCAUCUCUCUCCAAAACAAAUGGAACGACUUUGUUACCCAUGGUAGUGAGAUCCCAUCACUGAUGGCAUUGUUUUCACAGGGACAUGGCAAAUGGUUUCUUUCAUACGCAAGCACAGCUAGCGUCACCCGCACGUCUUCAGGAAGGUAAAAGUGAGAAAUUGUUCUUCUAGGGGCAGGUUCUGGUGCUGUUGAUUUGGAUGUGGCUAAAUCCGAAAGGGAAACCUAGUUUUCCCUUCCAUAGUUUCUGCUGGUCCAAAUACAUAUAUUUUAUUGAAUUUAUGUCCCACCUUUUUCUCCAAGUAGCUCAAGUGGUGUACAUGGUUCUCAUCUCCCUCCUCAAUUAAUCCCCACAACAACUCUGUGAGGUUGGUUAGGCUGAGAGGCAGUGACUAGUCUAAGGUCACACUUGCUGAGCUUCAUGGCUGAGUGGGGAUUCGAACCCUGGACUCACUCACGUCCUACUCCAACACACUAACCACUGCAGCAUACUGUGUGCUGUGACUUCAUGUUGCUUACACACACACACACACCCCAUGUACAUGUGGAUAAAGUUACAUACAGUGGUACCUCAGGUUACAGAUGCUUCAGGUUACAGACUCCACUAACCCAGAAAUAGUACCUCGGGUUAAGAACUUUGCUUCAGGAUGAGAACAGAAAUCGUGCGCCAGCGGCACAACAGCAGCGGAAGGCCCUAUUAGCUAAAGUGGUACCUCAGGUUAAGAAGGACCUCCAGAACAAAUUAAGUUCUUAACCCAAGGUACCACUGUAGUUAUGAGUUUGAGGCUGUGUGAGUUUGAGGCUGUGUGAGAGAGUGCAGACUUCAUAUGCCUGCAUCUCAGCACCUGCAGUGUGUACAUCCGGUGGCAGGAAAUGCAUGCUUUUCUGUCUCGAGUGAAAUCUAAACCCUGAGAUUAAAUCUUAGUCAAUAGGUUUAACUGGGCACAUAUGUGAACACAAUAGUUCUAAAGUGAGCAGCCUCCUGCCUUUGUCCUUAGGCCAUGCAUACUUGUAGGAAGUGGCAUUGCCUCCUAAGUGUGCAAGGGAGGCAAAGUCAAAAUUCUUUAAAGGGAUGCUUGCCACCUGCUCUUUCUUUCGUCAGUUCUUGCAAUAAAAAGUUAAUUUAAAAAAGUGACAUAUUUAUCCGAUUCCUCUGUUAAACACUGUGACUCCAGUAGCUCCUCAGAUAUGUUUGUGCAACCCUCCAUCUGCUUGUUGGAAGGGUCCCUUGCCGCCAUCCCUAAGGCGCACCAUCCCUUGCUGGCUGUCCCUUCCCUGUAGCUAUCCAGGGACUUUGCUUCUGCACAGUGGCAGGCAUGCAUUUUGGGGAGCCUUGAAGCUUGAACUGUUAUUGGGGAGCCCUUUGCAACCAGCAACAAGGUCUGGGUAACCCCUAUUAUCUUCUUGUGGGUUGUUCCAUGACAUUAUCACCACAUAUUUUUUUAACUACUACAUCUCAGAUUUCGAUUAAAAAUGCCAGUCACUGUGUGAAUAUUUUAUUUUCCAUGCCUUACAGUUUUUGAGUUAUGGGGUGUGGUGAAAAUUAGAGAAAUGUUAUAUAGGUGCAUGAUGCAUUAUAGAAUGAUGAAAUAAAACAAAGAAAAGAAAAGACCACAGUCAAUAAAACUGUUUAUUUUAGACGCCUAUGAGAAUACAUAGCACAUGAAGCACAUUUUACAAAAUAUAUUUUUCCCCUGGUUUUUCUAGCAACAUACUCAUGUACAGUUUUGUCAUAUGAGAGCUUCCUUGCAAUGUCAAUUUCUAGAGACAAUAUACAGUGGUACCUCGCAAGACAAAUGCCUCGCAAGACAAAAAACUCGCUAGACGAAAGGGUUUUUUGUUUUUUGAGCUGCUUCGCAAGACGAUUUUCCCUAUGGGCUUGCUUCGCAAGACAGAAACGUCUUGCAAGUUUGUUUCCUUUUCUUAACACCGUUAAUACAGUUGCGACUUGACUUCGAGGAGCAACUCAUAGAAUGCGGUGUGGUAGCCUUUUUUGAGGUUUUUAAAGACUUUGGUGAUUUUUGAAGCUUUUCCAAAACUUUCCCGACACCGUGCUUCACAAGACGAAAAGAACCGCAAGACGACAAAACUCGCGGAAUGAAUUAAUUUCGUCUUGCGAGGCACCACUGUACAUAAAGAAUUCAAGUGUUCUUCCAUCAUGGUAGACUGAAAUGUGUUCUCCAUAAAAUACAGCGUUGCAAAAUUCCUUUCUGCUUCACAGCUUGUGGUAGUCAUUGUCAAGUACAGCUUAGGCACACUAGUAAAACUGGGGAACAUUUCAAUUAGGUGUAGCUCACAAAAAGGCUGAAGAACCUCUGCACAUUGCACUUUUGAUGGCCUGUUCUGGGAUUUCCUGUGGUGCAAAUAUUCUUUGAACUGAUAACUCUUGUUUACUAAUUUGUGGGCAAUAUAACCUUUGCAAUAUGAUACCAUAAGUUUAAUACUGUCCUCAUCAAUUUCAGAAUUGUUCACCAAUCUGCUCAUCAGGUUAAUCCUUUUGAGUAACUGGUUUAUCAAGCCGUCAUAGAAUUGAUAUAGAACUUCUAUCCUAAAAUUGUCAGCUCCUCUGAAAUAAGCAAUACAACUUGUUCUAUUUAAAAAUUUCCUUGUAACAAUGUGUUUGGGAAGCAUCAGAACUUGAAGUGAUAGCUUCACACAAACCUUUUGCUUCUGAUUCAUAAUGUGCAAUCCUAUCGACUGAAUUUUCUCUGAGUUCUUUAACAAAUGAAAGUAAAUAGGAUAGCAGACAAUAAUCUUCAAAUGCACCAAAACCAGGGUUUUGUAAUUUCUUACUUGUUUGGUGAAAUGCUCCAGCACUUCUUCUCAAAUGACUGUUAAAAUAGCAUUUUCCAGCUUUGUCAACUUAUGGUAUAAAUUCUUUGCAUCUUGUUUACAUUUAGGCUUCUCAUCUGAGUCCUCAAAAAUAUGUUUGAGAGUUUGUAAAAUGCCUGUAUAUCCAUUUUUAAUUGCCUGGACUGCUUCAUAGUAUGCAGACCAUCUAGUUACAAUUAAGCUCUUUACAGAAAAAUGUAGAUUGCUUCAUGUGUUUAAAAUCCUCCAUCUUCAUAUAGAUCCAGAAAAGAAAACAAACAGCUCCUGCAAAAUGCCAAAAUAGUCAUCAACUUCAGGUACAGUAGACACUGCCUUCUCUCCAACAAGGUUAAGUGAAUGGGCCAUUGAACCAAGAUAUGAACAAGCCUUUUGCCCUGUGGGUGCAGACCCUUUGCUCUUCUUUUUUCAUGAGCCAGUCAACAAGACAGCAUGUUCCCAUUAACUCUGGUUUUCCUGUGUUGUCCAAACUGAGAAACUGUGGUUAAUAGCUUGAGAAGGAAGGGUGGGUUGUGAGAACAACCCAAAAACCAAGUAAGUAAGUAAGUAAAGCUAUAGUUCCAUGGUUUGGCUGAAAUGGGGACGUAUAAUAAAUAGAAGACUUCUUGGUUUGUUGGCUGGCUAACAAAAGGGCUGGGCAAUAGGCUAGUUCUCUUGCCAUUGCCUACUUUGCCACUGGCAGUCUUACAUGGGAGGACCAUCUGAGUGGGCUAGACAGCUCCCUCCCAGCUUGCUUCCUGCCAUCUCCACUGUAGGAUGUUGGUGCUAUGUGUGGUGAGACAUGUGGGUGGGAAUCACUGUGUUUUUUUAAAAAAGGAAAUACUGUAUCUACCCCUUUUUGUUUAGUUCCCACCUUGGCUUAGCCAGGAGAUGCUCACCCAAGUGCUCCACUUCUACCUCCCAAUGCUGAACAUCUAACUACAUGCCCAUUUACUGGUGAGUUUGCUUUAUGAGGAUUGCAAGUGUCUAGUCUAGUGGUAGGAGGCUGAGCUGUGAGCAAGAAAUUUCUCAGUUCAAAUUUAUCUCUUGUCUUCUCAGCCAUUAGUGGUGCUGGCUGGAAAAUUGUUCAGUUUCUAAAAGUGAUUUUGUGUGUGUGUGUGUGUGUGUGUGUGUGUAGUAAAAUGUGUAUUUGUAGCAUUAGUGAAUGCUGUUGAGCAUGGGUAGGCCAACUAAGGCCCGGGGGCCAGAUCCAGCCCAAUCGCCUUCUAUAUCCAGCCUGCAGACGGUCUGGGAAUCGACAUGUUUUUACAUGAGUAGACUGUGUCCUUUUAUUUAAAACACAUCUCUGGGUUAUUUGUGGGGCAUAGGAAUUCAUUCAUUUUCCCCAAAAAAUAUAUUCCGGCCCCCCACAAGGUCUGAGGGACAGUGGAUUGGCCCCCUGCUGAAAAAGUUUGCUGACCCCUGCUGUUGAGUUCUCAUGUUUCAAAAUGCUUAAAUAGCUCAAAGCAAACAAUAAAUAACAGAAAUAAAUGUGACACACCAGUACAGAUCAAUACAUCCUUAUUUCCCAAACUGGCAUGGGUGGUGGGUGUUGAGCAUCUAAGUCUGAAGCAUAGGAAAUAAAAUCACACCACAUGACAGAAAAAUGUUUUGGCUCCUCCACCCCCCCCCCGGAAUAACGCUGUUUAUGUGCAUUUUUUCCACAGUAGCCAAAAUCCGUAGGUUUUUAUACCACACACUCAAAUGCAGAUUUUUAAGGUUUUCCAUUUCUGGGCUACUGAAAUACUGGCUACAGCCAACAUCCAUGUCAAAAGUUCUUUAGCGAGACAAGCUUUCAGGUUGUUCACCUACAUAUUCAGUAAUAACAAUUGGGGGGGGAGCCUGAACAGGUGAUUUAAUUACUUUAGAUUAGGGUUGUAUUUAGCCCUCAUAAACAGCAUCCAGGUGGAAAUCGCAGAAAUGUCAGAGAAAAACCUUACGGAUGGCAGCCCAGUGCGGCGGUGUAGAUUUUGGCAAAUUUCGUUUUUAUUUUUUUGAGAUUUCGCUCAACGACUUUUCUGUCCGGAUAUUCACUUUUUUGAAAUAUGGCAACCCUACUUGAAGUGUACAUGCUUUCAUCUUUACCUCUCCCAUCCUUUUAUAAAUUCAUCUCCAUUUCAUCUCCCUUUUGUGUUUGUGUCGGGGGCAGGGGGGUGUUCUUCCAGAGUUUUUUUGUGGAAAUAUAGGGCAUUGGAAGCUUCUGAUUCAGAAAUUUAUGGAAAAACCACAUUACGGCCCUAAAGUGAAAACCCUCUUAAAGGCAAGUUGCUUUAUCUCUGCCCCCUUAGCCUCCUGUCUGGUGUUUGGGGGGUAAUGCUGGUCAACCUUACAGGGUAGUGUUGGGUGUGGGAAACAAGACACCCUCUGCAAGUGAUCUGCAAGUAGCUUUUCGAUACUGCUAGCAUGGGAGACAGUCUGGGGCUGGUGAUGCAUCUUCUUCCCAUGCGCAGAGUCAUCUACAAAGAGAAAAGGGCUGAUUUCAUGUGCUAAGUUGAACAUGUGUGGGUGAACAUGUAGCUUCUAUUUCCAAAAUGUUUAUUUAUUAAUCUUUAACCCACUCUCCAGCUGGAAAGGCUCCUAUAACAGCUUAGAUACAAUCAAAUUAAUAACAAGAGAGUCCCUGCUUGCGGGUUUGCAAGUCGUGCCACCACAUGAAAGGAAAAAGGAACUGGGUGGGAAAAGGGGGGGAAACGUAACUCAGACACAAAAUCUUAAAAGUUAAAUGGUAUUUCUUAGGCAUCAGUUAUUGAAACACUUUCGGGAGUAAGUGGGGCUCACUGGAGCAGAACCGGUGGAAUGGGUCUGCUUCUCAUCUCUGUUAUACUAGCAAGGCCAAUUCUCUCUCAAAGGCAAUACUAAUUAUACUCAUCUAUUUGUUGCAUUUAUAUCCCACUUUUACUCCGUGGAGGUCAAUGUGGCAUGCAUAGCUCUCCCUCUCCCCAUUUACUCCCCACAACACCCCUGUGAGGUAGGUUGGGCUGAGAGGCAGUGAUGGGCCCAAGGUCACCCAGAGAGCUUCAUGGUCAGGUUGGGAUUUGAAAACUGAUCUCUCCCAGAUCCUAGUCUGACACUCUAACCACUACACCACACUGACUCCCUGUUACCAGCUUUAAACUCAUCAUCUUCUCCAAGUUGAGCACUCCCACAUAUUUAGUGAGGGAACCUGCCCCACCCCUGUAUAAACACAGCUAUAAACCUGGUUGCUCUCCCUAUUGGUUAACGUGGGACCAGGAUACUGCACAAGUCAUACUAAUAGACUAGAGCUAGUGUGACUCUUUGGGCUGUGACAAUACAGUAUAUUGUUGCUUAAGAAUCCAUGACUGGAUGGCAGAGCAUAGCCAUUGAGAGCCCUCUCCUCCAUGAAUUUGUCUAAUCCUCUUUUAAAGCUAUCUAGGUUGGUGGUCGUGCCUGCUUCCUGUGGGAGUGAGUUCCAUAGUUUAACUAUGCACUGCUGUCUCAGCAGCCUUAUCUUUAUCCCGCUUCUUAUGGCAGUUUUGGAAACCUAGGCAGGCAGUCCCUCUCCUGCCCAGUCAUGCUCGAUUGCUGCUCCCUUUUAUUUGAAUCUUGUCAGUCCCAUCUGGAAACGUAACUCUCUCACACAGAGCAAUGCAAUGAGGCCUGGUAAGGAGGGAGCUGUGCAGGAGCCCCCGCCAUAGCUGGCCCAGCCCCACCCUCUGGGCAGGAAAUGAGGCAGCAGCUUUGAGGGGAAGUCCUGAGCUUGAGAUGUGUCCCGUGAAACUGCACUGCUGUUUAGCUUGCAGUGGGCCGUUCUCUCCUCGUCUGCCUGGCAGGAAGGAGCAGCUCUUCAGCCAAAAUUGUGUGUGCACUUCCAAGUGCUCUGUCAGUUGGUUUGGACCUCAAGGUUUUUCUUCUCCUUUAUUCUUUAUUUUUUUGAACCCAACCCAUUUGUGGCCUAAGCAUCCCUUCUCCCUGCUGCAAAUACAUGGGCAGCUAGGAGACUCCCUCUGGCCAGUCUCCAGAACUCAGAGGAAACUGGUGACUAAAUGCUUCCUCUGAAUGACGUCGUCUCCUGGACCUUUCCCUGACUUUGUGCAAAAAAGGCCUUAUUUGGCUGAUUUGCUCUUUGCACAAGCCCUCCCUGCAUAUGCACAAUAAAGUUCCUGUUAUCGGGCAUUGAAUCAUCACCCUUAAGGUCAGGGCACCAAGGCCUGCUUAGGAGAAGAAACUCUUUGAGAUUCUCAAGACUUUGCUGCCCACUGCCAAGAACAGCAGGACUUCUAAAUGCAUAAAAGAGCCCUGCUGUAUCAGACUGAAGGCCCAUCUAGCUGAGCAUCCUGCUUCAAUCAGUGGUUAGCCAGGUAUAUGCAGAAAAACAGAGAGUCCCCCAUAGUAUCCUUACAGAGAAGCUGGUGUUAAUGUGGGCUGGAUGAGAGGUAACUGUUAGGUGGAUUUGUAGCUUGUUGACUGACCGAACCCAAAGGAUGCUCACUAAUGGUUCCUCAUUAUACUGGAAAAAAAGGACAAGUGGAAUGCUGCAGGGUUAUGUCCUGGGCCCGUUGUUCAAUGUCUUUAUAAAUGACUUGGAAUAAGAAAUUGAGGGGAUGCCCAUCCAAUUUGCAGGCGACACCAAACCAGGAGGGGUAUCUGCAGAAGACAGAAUCACGAUUCAAUAUGACUUCGACAGAUUUGAGAAUUGGGCCCAAACUAACAAAAUUAAUUUCAAUAGGGACAAAUGUCAAGUUCUACACUUAGGUUGGAAGAACCAGCAGCACAAAUAUAAGAUGGGGGACACAUGGCUUGCCAGCAGCACAUGUGAAAAGCAUCUAGGGGUCUUAGUAGCUCAUAGGCCAAUGUGAGUCAGCCAUGUGAUGCAGCAGCAAAAAAGGCUAAUGCUGUUCUAGACUGCAUCAACACAAGUCUAGUGUCCUGAUCAAAGAAAGUCGUAGUUCUGCUGUAUUCUGCCUUGGUCAGACCACACCUGGAGUCUUGUGCCCAGUUCUGAGCACUUCAAUUUAAGAAGGAUAUUGACAAGCUGGAACGUGUGUAGAGGAGAGUGACCAAGAUGAUCAAGGGUCUGGAAACCAAGCCUUAUGAAGAAUGGUUGAGGCAGUUGGGUAUGUUUAACCUGCAAAAGAGGAAACAGAGAGGAAAGGUUCCUGUAUUGCAGUGGAAUUGGCUGGAUGACCCUUAGGGUCUCUUUCAACUCCACAAUUCUGUGAGUCUGUGGUUUUAUACUAUUCUGAGCCAUUAUUGUCCUUGGAGAGGACAUGUCUUAGAUGAGUCAUUUAUCAUUAUACCUAUAUAUUCUACUGUUCUUUUGUUUCUGUCCUGUUAAGGUAUUGUCUGUUAAAUUAUUCUGCUUACCUUACAUAGUUGGUAGUUGAAAGAAUAUAAUCAUAGUGAGAAAUGACUAAUCUGGGUAUCUUUGCUUGUUUCCUGAGCUUGGCAGAAUCUUUUGUGUGUAUGAAACCCCUUCUUUUUACAGGAGUUGUAAAUUAAAUUUUGCCAGUGGCCAGAUUACUUGUGCUGAUCUUUGCAUAAGGUAUUAACAUUGGGAAGCCUUCCAAGGGCACUGGAAAUAAGGACUUGUACCAGGGUCAGAAAAAGUUCUCAGUGGGGAAUCUCAAAUUAUGCCAACUUUUACUCGUGCCAUAAUCUAUAGAAAUAAACCAUGUGAAGAGUUCACAUUGGCACACAGACCUUUGCAGUUAGAUCAAGAAGGCAUGCUUUCUUAAUUUGAGUUUCAAGCAAAAUGUUCUAACCUGAAAUCUAAACUCUCUUAAGAUAGCAGUAUUUCUGUUUUCAUGAAGCAAAAGAUUUUGAAAAUAACCCUCCUGAAGAUAACAGAUGCAUAAUGUCAGGGAGCUAGCAAGUUCUCUGACCUGUGAACUGCUUUUAGUUUCCCCAAGGCUGCAGUCUGUCCUGUUAUUCCCCCAAUAAAGAGCCAGGCAUUACAGCAAAGGUGGAAAAACUUGCUUUAGUCAGGUGGUAGAAGACCUCUUCUGUAAAUAUAAUGCACCAGUCUCUGCAAAUGGUUUAAUAUAGGCCUAGGACUUGCCAAUCAGAAGGUUGGCGGUUCGAAUCCCCGCGACGGGGUGAGCUCCCAUUGUUCGGUCCCUGCUCCUGCCAACCUAGCAGUUCGAAAGCACGUCAAAGUUCAAGUAGAUAAAUAGGUACCACUCCGGCGGGAAGGUAAAUAGUGUUUCCGUGCGCUGCUCUGGUUUGCCAGUAGCGGCUUAGUCAUGCUGGCCACAUGACCUGGAAGCUGUACGCCGGCUCCCUUGGCCAGUAAAGCGAGAUGAGUACCGCAGUCCCAGAGUCGGUCAUGACUGGACCUAAUGGUCAGGGGGCCCUUUACCUUUACCUUUAUCUGACUUUACAAGUCUUUACAAGACUUUACAAGCAUCCCUGAUGACUGCAGUCUCUGUACUGAAUGAGGUUUAGCAUUGCUGCUAUCCUUUACAGGACCUGUAGCUCCUGUUGUGUGUGUUUCAAAUUCCACAAACUGCCUUAUUGUGCAAUAGAGGCAGGUACUUAAAACCCUGUGGAAAAGCCUUCGCUGUCGGAGCACCCAGAUCCAUAAUUCUCCCAGACUGGCCAGUGGCUCUCCAGGAUUUUGGGCAGGCACCUCUCCCUGCUGUACCUGGAGAUGCCAUUGGGGAUUGAACCUGGGACUUUCUGCAUGCAAGGCAGGUGAUCUACCAAUGAGCCACAGCCUUUCUGCAAUACCAUGGCUCCAUGGGAAGCUGAAAUGGAAGCACAGCAUAGAAGAGGUGUUUUCUAGCACGAGGGGUUGGCUGGCUGUAGUCUUAUGUGCUGAUGCUCUGCGCCAGCUGCUGCUUGCCACAAUCGAAAUGUGACUUGCAAGUGUACCAUGUUCAGCAUCAAUCACUUGGGCAAAUCAUUGCAAAGGAAACCACUGCAGUUCUUUACUGGAGGAAAGAGUGGAGAUUGAUGUGUCCACGUGGUAGUUGCAGUAGCAGAAGAUAUUUUGGGGGAGGGGGCAGGUACUGCAAACUCUCUUUUAAUGGUGGGUGGGAAUUGUAGUUUAUGUGAAGACUCCAGUCUUCUUAGGUGGAAAGCCAGAGCGACAUGACUCAGAAGACAGACUUCUCUUCUGGAGGUGCUGUACCCUGAACUUGUUGGGCAGUUAACUGCAACUGCUGUGGAUUUUCUAUUCUCUGCCUCCAAGGAAUGCUAAUUCCUCCUGCGUUACAUAGGAAGGUAUACAGACUCCUUUGGAGAAGCCUGUCCUCUACUGUAGUUAUACUCUCACUGAGGAGCACCAUAUAAACUUCCAGAGUUCCCCAGAGCAUUGUUCAGAGAGACAGACAGACUACUGAACACAUGAGCUAGAGGAAUAGAACACUUGUUGGGCAGACACACUCUCACUCAAGGCAUUUGUCACAACCCAUAGUCUGAAAGUGGGUACAGUAUCAUCAGAUGUAGCGAAAUGCAUAUAACAAUGUAAGCAAAAACACCACAAAUGUAACACUGGCAACACCCAAGCAGGGAAAUGCCACUCCCCAAAAGUUGGGUUGAAUAAAUUAAUGGCGAGACAAAUUCCUGGAGGCGAGGGCUAUUGAGGUCUGCUAGCCAGGCUGGCUAUGCUCUGCCUCCAUAGUCAGAGGCAGCAAUGCUUCUGAACACCAGUUGCAGGGGAUCACAGGAGGGGAGAGGGUUCUUGUGCCCAGGUCCUACUUUGCAGGUUUCCCACUGUGGCCUCUGAUUCGUCACUGUGAGCAAGAGAAUGCUAGAUGGGCUAUUGGCUUGAUCCAGCAAGGCUCUUCUUACGUUCUUACAAAUAAACCAGUGGUUAAGAUACUGCAGGAGAUGGCUGAAAUACGAGGGGCUGACAUGAAAACUGUCUGUAGCACUUGGGAACCACCUGGGGAUGGUACAGGAAGGCCUGUGCUGCUGUUUUCUCCUGUGCUCCAUAGACCAGAGGCAGAAGCAGCAACCUUCCCUCCUCCCACCAGUGCUUUGGAUUACAAGCAUUCCUGACCUUUGCUCACACUCGCUUGGGUGCCAGGGAUUCUUUAGCUGUGAUCCCUGCAUUGCAGGGGGUUGGACUAGAUGACCCUUCCGGGGGUUCCAACUCUACAAUUCUAUGAUAGGAGCUGGGGACAAAUACACAUCUGGAGGGCAGCACACUGGCUACUCCCAGAGUGAAGCAACACAUCAUCAAAAUGAGGUAUUUCUCCAAUGGUGCUGUAGAUCUUUUGUGUCCAUCCUUUGGUUUCUGGCUCCCAUUCAGCUCCCAUUCAGCAGUUGACCCAGUUCUAAUACUGACUGUAAUUACCCUUGGGGAUGCUCUCCCUUUUCCCUGAAGGGAAAAGUCGCUGAGCCUCAUGCACAAGUUAACGCAGAAUGCUGAUGGUCAGAUAAAAUAAUGUGUGCAUGGGAGCAGCGUCUGGUGCAUGGUACUUAAUGCUCCCCACCCCCAAAACCAGCUCCUUAAGUGGUGUGCUGCAGGUACUUCCCCAACCCGGUGCCCUCCCGUCAUUUCUUUAUUUUGACUACAAUUCCCAUCAGCCUCGUUGGGUUGGACUGGGAGGAGUUUCUCAGUUGGGGAGGAGCAAAGCACCCACAAUCAACUUCUGAACCAUAGUUUUGUUUAACUAUGGUUUAAAGUUAUGUGCAAACCUUAAAAGUUCCUAUCAUUUUAGUGGGAGAGUGAACUGUGUGCUUUCCUCAGUGAGAAACUCUGCCUUAAAAGUGCUUUCACUUAACUCUAUAGCUUGCUCAUUUUGUAUACAGUCUAGAUAUGCAGCAGAGAUGCAUCACCAUCCAGUCUCAGCUCCACUUACUCAAACUGCAGCUCAUUUACCUUUCUUGGUGUAACAGUGGGGCAUGAAGACUCAGCUGCUCCCUACCUGCAUCUUUCCUCUAUCUACCCUGGGAUUCCAGUUCUUGCUGCAGAGAACCCCUGGGAGCUGACUAUUAUACCCAACGAGGAUGCAGAAUCUAUAGGCACUUGAGCCUCUGCUCCAGGUAUGUCUCCAGCCCAGCAAGCUUAUUUCAGUGCAGGCCAAGAAACAUCAUGGCAAGGGAUUGGACUAGAUGGCCCUUGGGGUGCCUUCUAAUUCUACGAUCUUAUGAUUCUGUGAUCAGGCUUUUUGCUGCUAUUCUUUUCUCACACAGAAGCAGCACCACUUCUGCUUCCGCUUCGUCUGGCAUUGCCGUUCACUCUUCCCUCUCUUUCUGCUGUUUGCAGAGAGGACGCCAUCUGCUGGCAGCUGACUUUUAUGGGCAGGUGGCUCGGAUGAAAGAGAAUCUGGGGCCACCCAUUGCCCACAGGGAAGGGGGAGUGGAGUUGCUUGGCAAGUGGACCUAUUGAACCCCAAAGCUGGCCCUGUUUCAACACAGAAUAAAAAAAAAGAAGCACAGAGAAGGUACAACUCUCAGACAUUUAUGGUGUAGGGGGCAGGACUGUGAAGGUGUUAAUAUUAUUUAUUAAUUAAUUAAAAUGGACAUACCAUUUGAUUGUGUAAAGAAAAGAUAACCCCCCACAAUAAUCUCAGAGUGGUUUACUGAAAGAAUAAAACAAUGCAAUUAUCAGUAAAAGCAGUUAAAAACAACAGUAUAAAACAGAAAACAACAACAAAAACCCCUAAGAUCAACGAUAAGCUAGAAGCCAGAUGUCAACAUUCUGUAUAUUUUGACUGGCUUGCCUAAACAUAAAUAUUUUUAGCGGGUAUUGAAAAGAGUACAGUGAAGGCACUUGUCUGAUAUCAAUAGGGAGAGAGUUCCGAAAUUUGGGUGCUGCCACACUGAAAGAUCUAUUUCGUAAGAAGGUGAAAGAUCAGGCAUGAAACGUCAGGAGUUUCUGCCUGCAAGGUAGCAGAGAACUGCAGAGACCCAGCAAAAAAGAUGAAUCCAGAUGUUCUCUUAAUAAAAUAAAAACACACCAUUGGAGGCUGCAGAACAGAUUUAAGAGCCAGAUUAAGUGGGUGACAUCCAGCAUAAGCCUUGCAAGUGCUCAUGAAAACUGGUGUGCGACACCCUCUGCAUUAUUUUUUUUACCAAGUGCGUGUGUGGUCUCAGUGGAAGUGGUUUCUAACAAAGCUGAACUUUGCUGGAAAUCUAAGCAGUAAUCUGCCCCUUCAAGCAGUCCUGAUCUCUACAGCUUCUGUUGGUGCAAGUGACAUUCUCUCCCUCCUCUUGUGAGCACUUAGAAAACCAGGUUUAAGUUUCCUAGUCUUCCUUUUCACCUGUGACCAGAUGACGGGAUGAAGCAGAGCCCUGUAAAUCAUGUGUAAGCUUUUGUUUGCUGUGGACUUUACAAAAAUACUGAGCUAAUAAAUCUCUCAAAGCCUCUGCUCUGCAGGAUUAAGUUUCUAGAAUUGGGUAAGGCUGCAACUGUACAGUUAUGUGACUUUUUGUUUCUGUAAAUGCAGCUGAGAGGGGAAAGUGCCUCUCCUCCAAACUUCCUAUUUCUAAAAAGAACACUGAAUAAUAUUAUCCAUUUCAGGUUGAUGAAUUAAUCCAACCCCAACCCCCUUACCCUGCACCUGAUGGAAAUAUUUAUUUGCACUUUCCCCUGCAAUCCAGUUUGGUGUCUUCAUGUCCCACGAGUGGCUGCUUUUCUGGAUCCAUACCAUGGGUGAUCACAAACAGCUUGGGCUUUGCUGCUCAGUCCACAGGAACUGGGUGGUGUUUUUUAACACUUGUUUAUUUCACAAAAUGUGAUACACUACUUGAUUGUAAAAAACAACAACAACCACACACCCCCUCAAAGCAGUUUACAAAAAAGAUAAAACAAUAAUAUUAUCAAAAAGCAGAAUCAGAAAUAAUAAUUUAAGGCUUCCAAAAAGUUAAGGUAGUAAUAAACUAAAAACAGACUAAAACUUUCAUCAGCUUUCUAAAUGUCUGGGUAAGGUAAAGGCAAAGGGACCCCUGACCGUUAGGUCCAGUCGCAGACGACUCUGGGGUUGCGGUGCUCGUAUCACUUUACUGGCCAAGGGAGCCGGCAUACAGCUUCCGCGUCAUGUGGCAAGCAUGACUAAGCUGCUUCUGGUGACCCAGAGCAGUGCAUGGAAACGCCGUUUACUUUCCCGCCGGAGCGGUACCUAUUUAUCUACUUGCACUUUGACGUGCUUUCGAACUGCUAGGUUGGCAGGAGCAGGGACUGAGCAAUGGGAGCUCACCUCAUUGCGGGGAUUUGAACUGCCAACCUUCUGAUCGGCAAGCCCUAGGCUCUGUGGUUUAACCCACAGCGCCACCCGCAUCCCUAAAUAUUUGGGUAGACUUGUCUAAACAAAAAUGUUUUUAGCAGGUGCUGAAAAGUGUGCAGUGAAUGUGCCCGCCCAUCUUCAAUAGGCAGGGAGUUCCCAAGUGUAGUUGCUGUCUUUUGUUGUGAAACAGUAAAUUGCCGCUUGACUGAAGUCUGUUAGGGUUUUGGGUUGUUGUUGUUGUUGAAAGCACUUUUAAACAUUCUUCAGCUGAAACAAGGCUGUCAGAGCAGUUCAAAGAUAACUUAGAAAGCAUAGCAAUUUGUGCCCUCCUCAGGCUUUCAGUCUAAAAGAUAGGAUGGAGAAGGGGAAAAAAGCAAACAGGCACCAGUUCUCUGACCACCACCUUUUGUGCUUCUUUUGGAGGUGGGACACAUAGAAGGGCCUCCCCCACAUCCAUUGCCUUUCAUAGCUUCUAAUUAAAAUCCAGGGUGAAAAGUGCUCAAUCUACUGGUGCCCAAACUUUUUUCAAAGAAAAAGUUUUUUCAUCAUCACUUUUUGAUAAAGUGAACAUGCGUGAGGGCCAACCAAAGUUGUUGAGCUCUUUUUAGGAUUUGACCCCAAUAAAUAAACUGCCACAGGGGCUGGAUUAGGCCCCCAAAGUGGACUUUGGACAUGCCUGCCUUAGUAGGACCAAUCAAUAUGUCACAAAAUAGUGAGCCACCUUCUGAGUCCUCAGAAGACUUUGUGAGAUUGACUCUUAAGCAAAUCAGCAGAAAGGGGGUAAAAUCACAGGGAGAUCAUUGGCUUGAUCUUCAAGAUUAAGAUCAGCAUUUGGACUUGCCCUGAAAAUGGAGAUUUUUAUUGGAUUUGCCUCUGCUAGGUGCUGCAAGCCCAAUGAUUCUUGGGGAGCAGUUGGCCCUCAUACUGGAAACAAAGACCAGCAGUUACCCAGAGACAGAUAUACAUUGGUACCUUGGGUUACAGACGCUUCAGGUUACAGACACUUCAGGUUACAGACUCUGCUAACCCAGAAAUACUACCUUAGGUUAAGAACUUUGCUUCAGGAUGAGAACAGAAAUCUCUCGGCAGCGGGAGGCCCCAUUAGCUAAAGUGGUGCUUCAGGUUAAGAACAGUUUCAGGGUAAGAACGGACCUCCAGAAUGAAUUAAAUUCUUAACCCGAGGUAUCACUGUAUCCAUAUUGUGUGCAUGGGGGGGGGGGCAUGGAGCCAAAAUCUACAGUCUCCCAAAACAUUUGCUUUUUAAGUUCCUCCAUUGGCCACCCACCUAGGUUGGUAGAAAACAAAUCCAUUUGACACAACCACCAUAUUUUACCACAUUCUCCCUCCCACCAGCUGAAUCCCUUCCAGGCUAAUGUUGAUACCAUAUUAGUAUGGAAAUGCUCAAAUAGCAAGCAGGCAACAGAGCUGACUUUGACUUGAUAAGCACUUGACUUUAUUUUUAACUUUCCCUUUUUGGUCGGAUUUCUGUGAUGCAAGUCUGGAAAACAGGCAUGUAGAAUUUGGCACAAGGACCCCUUUUUUAAAGGAACCUUUGGCCACUGCCAGGAGGAGAACAGCCCACUCUUCCAGCUUCCAGCUGGAUUCAUUGUCUUUUUGUUUUCAUAGUGAUUACUUAGGCAGCCUGCUUAGUAUUUGGCUGGAGUUUUCCAACAUAUAACGUGGCUCUAGUCUUCCUCAAGAAAGCUCUGCAAUUGGGCCUAGAACACUAGGUCGAUAGAGUGGAACGGACUCUCUCAGAAGGUGAAGGACUCUUUUUUUGCUGGAGGUUUUUAAGCAGAUGUUGGAUGACCAUCUGUCAGGGAUUAUUUAGCUGUGAUUCCUACAUUCCUGGGGGGUGGCUUAGAUGACCCUCUGGUGACCCUUCCAACUCUACAUUUCUAUGAUUCUAUGAUAUGUUUCACUUUGUCUUUAUGUCUCUACACUCAAUAUGUUGAGGGAGAAAUCUACUCUUCUCUCAGAUAUGAACUGCACCAUUUAUAAUUUCUCCUCACUCGUGUUAGAAAUGGCAUCAGAGUUGGGGUUUGUUUGGGGGGGGGUAAUCACUCUUUUGCUUAAUUUUUAUCCUGUCCUCAAGAAGGCCUUCUGGUGGGCACCAGUUUAAGAAUAGCACAAAUAAAGCAAGAUCCAGUUGCAUCACCUGAAGGUUCUGGCAGUCAGUAAGGGCAACCCUUCAUAGUUGGCUUUCAUAGAAUCCUAAAAUGGUAGAGUUGCAAGGUACCCCAGAAUAAUCUAGUCCAGCCCCCUGUAAUGCAGGAAUCAAAACUUUGGUUGUGCAAAGUUGCUUUGCACUAGGGUGUACAGGCUAAAAGUCGGUUAUGCAAAACACACCUAAGCUGCGGAAUUCUCAACAACACAGUGGCAUUGGUUGUGUGGUUAAGUAGACCUCAAAAAGUACUGGCCAAAUUCUCCUGCCAGGUAUUAACCAAGAGCGGCUCAGCAAAACCUUUUGUAGUCGGGGGCAGCAUAUAUCUUAAGUGCCAGAUGUAAGGCUAAAUGAAAGGGUUAUGGUCUUAAUUCAUGGACUUAAGUUUUCAAGCGCAUCCAGCUUUAUGUUGCUAGGAAUUAUCUGAUCCAGCAAGCUGAUGUUUAACAGUUAUUGUAUAACAUAUAGCCGGUCUUGUUCAGAGAAAAAGCAACAUAGGUGUGUCUUUUAACACCUAAGCAUUUUAAAGUAGUUCUUGGCCCUCCGCCUGAGGCUUUCAAAUAGCUUUCUGUGACCUGAAACCCUCAGACUUCUGAGAAUCUCUGAACUGUGAAUGUGUGGAGCUUUGCUGCCAGCUCAGUUUCCUCUCUUUGCUCUGAAAUUGGAUUCACGGCAGGUACACCACUAGGUGAUUUGCACAUGAAGGGUGUGAACUGACAUGAGGCCAAUCUUUUUUCUCAUGGUGUUACCAUCACUUGAUUGCUGCACAUGUGAACCUGGACUACAGUAGCUUGCAAAGUAACCUCACUGGUUCUGGGGCUGGAUGCAUAUGGUGGCGGAUCAACUUUUGAGAGCCAGUGGUUCUAGAUUGUCAUGCUGUGACUUGGGAGACCAGGGUUCAUAUCCCCACAUGGCCAUGAUGAAGGUUACUGGGAGACCUUGGGCCAAAACUACCUCACACUUAUCUUGGGCUGCCAGCCUAAACUACCUCACAGGGUUGUUAUGAGGAUUACAGGAGGAAGGGGGGAACCAUGUAUUCCACUUUGAGCUCCUUGGAGAAGAAGGUAGGAUAUAUAAAUAAUAUUUAUAUAAGGUUGCAUACGGUGGUUUGAGUGUCAGGAUUAGGACUUGGGAGAUCAGGGUUCAAAUUCCCAUCUGGCCAUAAAGCUACCUGGGUGCCCUUGGGCCAAUCACUGCCUCUCAGACUAUCCUACCUCACUGGGAAGUUGUGGGGAGUAAAUGAGGAGGGGGAAGAGAGCUGGGCAAGCCACCUUGAGCUCCUUGGAGGAAAACAUGGGAUAUUAAUGCCAAAAAAAGAGGGGGAAAGAGAGAGAGAGAGAAAGAGAGAGAGAGAGAGAGAGAGAACCACAGCUUGAAAUCCUGCUUUGAGUAGAGUUAAAAUGAAGAAGUAAUAAGCAUGUCUUGCUCUGAAACUGGCCCCACCCCUAAACUUGCCUUUUAUUUUUCCAAGUCAUAGUAACAUAGCUUACUCUGUCCCUUUUCCAGAGUUGCGCAUAGGAAACAUUCAGGGUGUGUUCAGUAAUGGAAGUGGAAUUGCAGCAGGCAAAAGAUGACUUCACUAAACUCCUGAAAGGCUAGAUUUCUUAGACAUCCAGAAUAGGCUGAUGUGCGGGACAUCUGCAUGAGACCAUUAUAGGACAGGAAGGCUGUAUGAUAAAGAAUGGACCUCCGGAACGAAUUAAGUUCUUAACCUGAUAUUGUUCUUAACCUGAAGCACCACUUUAGCUAAUGGGGCCUCCCGCUGCCGCCGCGCCGCCACCACCACGUGAUUUCUGUUCUCAUCCUGAAGCAAAGUUCUUAACCUGAGGUACUAUUUCUGGGUUAGCAGAGUCAGUAACCUGAAGCGUCUCUAACCCGAGGUACCACUGUAUGCGAUUUCAGGAGUGGUGUGGGAGAGCACUUUCUCUUUCCAGAAAACAUAGCAUCCCUCCCAGAGGAAAAGGGCAGCAGUUCCUUGUCUGCAGAGCUGUGGAGCUAUUCGCACACGAGUCCCUCUUGCUGCUUUUUUGCUUUUUUUUUUUUUUAAACAUGAGGAUUUGGAGCUUAAACAUUAGAAUGCUCUUGGAAACAGAUUUCCCUGAUCUAACCAUUUCUGGCUAAAGAUAUAUUUGGAAUAGAUAGACCUCAUAGUCUGGGCAGGCCUAGUGAGUAACGGUUCGUUGUUUCCGAGCAGUUUGCCUGCUGGGCAGUUACUCAACAAGAAGCAAUGAGCAAGUCCAAGUUUUUGGCAUGCCCCACCCAGGUCUCUGCCUUUAAAAAAAUAUGUGGUAUUUUAAGCCUUACCCUAUGAGUGAUUUCACAACUGCAUCUGCCCAUCUAAAAACCCUUCUGUUAGGACAGAUGACUUAAAGUCAGCUUCUUUUUUUAUUUCCAGUUCAUUUGCUUAUUACAUUUAUAUUCCACCUUUCUUCAAGGAACUCAAGGCGGUGUACAUAGUUCUCCCUCCCCCCUGCAUUUUAUCUACGCAACAACCCUGUGAGGUAGGCCUUCAGGCAAUGACUGGUACAAGCUUACCCAGCAAGCUUCAUGGCUGAUCGGGGAUUUGAACCUUGGUCUGUCAGGUCCCAGUCCAACAUUUUCAUCACAACACUACAGUGAAAGUCACCUGUUCGGUUGUUUAUUCAUUUUUCAAAAAAGAAAACUACAGCUACAUGCUUCAUCCUUCAUCCCAGGGCAGUUUGGGAACAUAAGCACAUAGGAAGGUCCCUUAAAGUGAAUCAGAUCCCAUUGGUUCACCUACCUCAGCAUUGUCCAGCAGUGGCUGUCUGGGUUUGGGACAAGGACUCUCUUCCAGUCCAAUCUGGAGAUGCUGUUGGGAAUUGAACCUGGGACAUUCUGCAUGCAAGGCAGAUGCUCUACCUCUGAGAUAUGUAUGGCCCUUCUUUUAUGGCAAAGUUCAGUUCCCUGUAAGAUAGGGACUUAACAGUUCUGUAGAUUACUUGUAGCAGCUUUUCCCAACCAGGUGUUCUUGAACUACAGUUACAGCUGUGUUCUGUUAUAUUAUGUUGGAAGUCACAAUCAAAUGCAAUACAGUGGUACCUCGAGUUACAGACGCUUCAGGUUACAGACUCUGCUAACCCAGAAAUAGUACCUCGGGUUAAAAACUUUGCUUCAGGAUGAGAACAGAAAUCAUGCAGUGGCAGCACGGCAGCAGCAGCGGGAGGCCCCAUUAGCUAAAGUGGUACCUCAGGUUAAGAACAGUUUCAGGUUAAGAACGGACCUCCAGAACAAAUUAAGUUCUUAACCCGAGGUACCACUGUACAAUUAAAACAUGCCCUUUGUUUUGCUUUUAGUCUUUUAAUGACCACCUCUUAUUCAGCCAGAAGUUAGCUCACACUCCAGAUGUAAAUUUCAACUGGCAGACAUAUAACCCCUUCAGUUGUUAUUUUUAGCAAUCUUGAAGGUAAUUGGAGAAAGGGAAGCUUUGCUGACCUUUGCCCUAAGGGCUAGCCUAGAUGGCUGUUAUGUGGUUUGAGGGCAAGAUGAAAAUUCCUCCUCUCCAAGUCACUCACCCCUGUCAGGGUUCCACAAAACCUCUUGUCUCCCAGCAUGAAAAACAGCUUGUUCAGAGCAACAGAGGUUAAUUCCUUGUUCACUCUAUUUAUCAAGAGUGAAUUCAGUAACCCAAGAUUUACUGCUUGGCUAUCAUUAAUCCUCACAUAAUUAUCUCGGUCAAUGAGCUGUUGACAGAAGAUGUUCAGUCCAUCUUCUCCCCCCAGAAGUCCCUCAAACGGCCUUCACCAAUUGGACACCUUCCAGAUAGAUUGUACUACAAUCAGCUCCAACCAGUAUGGUUUCCCAGAGUGGCUGGGGCAACCUAGUCAGGUGGGCAGCAUAUAAGUAAUAAAAUCACUAUUAUUAUUAUUAUUAGGAGGGUGGGCAAGAGUGUUGCUUGUGUGCUCAGGUCCUGCUUGCUCAUUUCCCACAGGCAUCUAGUUGGCCACUGUGAUAACAGUGAACUGCAUGGGCCAUUGGCCUGGUCCUGUAGGCUCAUCUUAUGUUCAACCAUUUCUGUUUAUUCUUGCACUUUAUUUAAAACAUAAACAAUGGGACAGUUGAAAGCUUCUCUUUUAUACAAAGGCAAAGAGUGGUAAUUCUAAAAAUUCGUAAGACUUGUGCCAAGGAAAUGGAGAUGAUAGUGGUCGUAUUGAGUUCCUUACUAUUGCAUCUUCUAUAGAUACCAUUUUCACAGUUCGGAUUCAGCUGUGCUAGGGAACCACACAUAUAAACUGAAUGUAGUGGAGGUGGUUUGGAACCAAGACCAGCCAUGUCCUGUCUUUACUCUUUGAAUUCGGAAUUUGUGCCACUUCGGGGCCAAGAACAGAGUAUCCCAGGGGGGAGUUGCUUGUCAGUCUAAACCGCUGUUUUGUUUUGUUUUUCUCUGAGCUAACCAAAAUGUCACCAUGACCAAAUUGGCUUUUUGCAAACCAUUCUUCUAAAUGCCUGCCUUAAAAAAAUUAAAUAAAUAAAUCCAAGCCCAAAGCAUCUGUUAUCUCUUGAAACAGCGACAGGAAAGCGAGGGGAGGGUGCUUGAAGAUUCUAUUUGCGAGAAAGGAAAUGGCAAAAAUAGAGGAAUUGGAUCCUUGCACAAGUUCAUGAAUAAGUGUUUCAAAAAGCAGUGCCAUAAAUAUAUGAACUUGAGUGUCACAAGAGCAUGCCCUUCGCUGGAACAGCUUUGCUGUGACUUCCUAGCCCUCAUCACCAGAGCCUGCUUCCUAACACAAAGCAAAAACAAUUAUGAUGGAUGUUUCCAUGAUCCACACAAAUAAACUUGACCCCGGUACUCAAAUGUGCAUCUUGAGAUGCUUAGUGAACCUGGCUUGAGGUUUUCGCAAGGUGUGCACAUGUGUGCGUGUGUAAAGAGGGUAUUUAGCUUUGGCUGGUGGGGGCCAAUCUUACUUUGCAAGAGGGCCACUAUGGGGCAUCUUCCUGUACACAUGGUUGUCUCUUGUGAGUCACAGAGAAUAAUAGCCUUCCAGCCGACUGAAACAGGAAACAGAGGAAACACAGCAUAGGCAGCAAGUCAGGCCUGCACCACAGGAGGGAGACCCUCUUCUGUUGCUUCAUAUUGCUUGCUCAUAUCAAGUGUUACUUGGGAAGCUUCUAGCCACAGUAGAAGCAGAGGACUGUGGGAUGCUAAAUUCUGGUGCCAGGUGCAAAUCUAAUACCUGUGUGGUACAAGUGGUAGUCUGGGGUCACAAGAGGGCAAAAAGCCAUUAACUAUUUCUGCAGCUGGGUCCCCUGUCUCCAGUGUCCUAGAGCCACCCAAUCAGCAGGGAUGGAGAGCUUUUUAGCCACUCAGAAGCCUUCUCAUGCUUUGUGCUGACCAGAGCCAAUCAAUGGGAAAGGAGGUGAGUCAAACACAGAGCAUGGGCUUCUAGGAUACCUCUGGAGAAGGUGUGUGGAAGGACACAGAGGAGGGGAUGUUCUGUAUGUUCCAAAGCUAAGCACUGAGGAACACUGAAAAUGCAAGGCACUUCCAUUUCAAGAGAAUGGUGUGUGUUCUGUUGCAUACAGUGGAACUUCAAGAAAAACACAGCCCUGAAAGAAGGCACUGGAGAACUCUGGCAAAUCAUUUUCCAUGUACAUGCGCAGAAAAGAGUAGACCUAGCUGAAAAGCUACACGUGGAUAUCUGCAAUGAGCAUUGCAGUGCAUCCCAAAUUAUUAUCAAUAUCUAACCAUAAGAGCUCCAGUAGUUUUUGGACUACAGUUCCCAUCAUCCCUGACUACUGGUCCUGCUAGCUAGGAAUAAAGGGAGUUGUAGUUCAAAAACAGCUGGAGACCCAAGUUUAGGAAGAGGAAGGUUUUCAGUUGGUUCCAGAAAAUGGACAAUGUUGGAACGCCACACAGAAAGGGUGCUUUGUCUCUGUUAGUGGAUCAGACAACCAAGAGAGUUUUCAAGGAGCUCUUUACAGCUUCUAAGGAAAAGUCUGAAAGCAUCUCUGGCAUGAACACCCUUGAAAGCUCUCUACAACCUGAAGUGGCCUCUUAUGUCCUUACCCUUGCAUGUUCUGUUCUACUGUAAAAUCCUAUUGCAAUAUUGGAAUUAUUUCCUUUUUUCAGGGCAAAGAGUCAGUCCUGUGGAGGAAUUCUGGGACCGCCAAAUAGAGUGGUCAGCUUCCACACUUUAGAAUAAUGGAAGCAUAGAUUUGGAAGAGGCCAAAGAGGGUCAUCUAGUCCAACUCUUUUAUUCCAAACCUGUCUUAUUCAGUGUCUUAAUGGAAAGUCCAGACACUUUGUUUGUGGAGCAUUUAAAAUAUGCUCAUAAGUUCAGUCCUACACAUGUCUACUUGGAAGUAAAACCCUAUUUGGUUCAGUAGGAUUCACUGCCAGGUGAAUAUAGGCUUGCAAAUGAAAUGUGGUUUGCAGCUGUUUAGGGUAGUCAUGCCAAAUUAUUGGCAGCAAUAGGCAGGAAUGACUGAAAGAGGCUUGUGGGAAGGACAUUUUAGGUAGCCAUGUAGGCAGCUGUGAAGCGCACCAAUUAACAUUUCUCUUCUUCUUCCAUCACCAUUUCAUGCUUUGCAACUGCUUCUAUGUUCCUGAUGUUGGAGUGUAAAGACAAACAAACAAGCUCACCAAUCUUGGCCUUUUUCUGAGUGAGGAGAGCCUGCUGGAUAAGGCCAGGAGGGGCCCACCUAGUCCAGCAUCCUGUUCUCACAGGGGCCAACCAGAUGCCUUGGAGGGAAACCCGCAAUCAGGAGCUGAGCUCGACUUCUUGGGAUCCUUCCCAAGGCAGCCAAGCGGAGGGUUAAGCUUGUUCUCUGCUGGUUGCAACAGGGUUCUGCUCCGAACCUUGGGAGCACCUUCUAGCUGGUGUUCUGUUUCCUGAUUAGCUUAGGGAUCUGAAAAGCCCCCCUUUACAGGAGGUUUGAUUUAAUUAAACUGUAAUCCCUUCAGCAAUUGCAAGCACUUUCAUAUGACCCAGGGUGCCCCCGCCCUCUCUCUGUUGGCACAUAAAAUACCAAAGGAGAGUUGCGGAGAAGGGCUGGCGAUUGGAAACGUGGGCAAAUGCCUGUAAGUAUUCCUGGAGCUCCCAUUCUGGAUGGGGAGGGCAUACCUCUCCUGAUCCUUGGAAGCCUCUGGGAGAUCAGGCUGAAAGGUCUUGGGGAGCUGGGGGUGAAAUCAUGUUGUUGCUGCAUAUAUCGGAAGGUGUGCAAGAAAAUAAUCCUGAGGCUGCACCAGGUCACUGAGGGACUCUCUAAAGUUCUGCUGGCUUGAUGGAUAAAUGAGACUUUUUCCCAUGGAGGGGAGGCUCCUACCUAGCCGAAUUUUGGUGUCCCUAUAGCUUGUGCUCUAUAGCAGGUGAUCACACACUCAUGUAGUUAUUUGAUAUUGCUCUCUGGGUGUUGGAUGUUAAGUUUUCCUGUAGUAGAUAGCACUACUUUACAUACAUACAUGCAUGCAUGUAUACAUACAUACAUAGUGGGUAUUCCCAUACAACGGCCUGAAUCAGUGGCGGGGUGAUGUUGAUACAACCAUUGGGCCUAGUUUUUUUGUUUCCAGUGACAGCCAGUUAAAAGUUCUCUUCUGAGAAGCCAGUGAGCAAAGCAACAGCAUAGACGCCUUCUCCCAGGUAUCUAUAGCUAGAAGCAUACUUUCUCUGAGCUUGGAGGUCCAAUCAUGGCUAAAUAGUUAUUUGCAGACUGAGGAGUCAUCCAGAAUUCCUUUUGUGCUGGUGGCUUCCCAGGCAUAGGUACAUGAUUUAAAGUGUCAGAGUGGGGUUUUUUUUGUCCUGGUGCUUUCCUUGAGAAAACCAGUGUUUUACCACUGAAGUGGAGCAACAACAAUCCAUGGAAAAUACAAUUGCCAUUUACUCUCAUUCAGCGGUAAAAUGUGGGGGGUUUUCCCAGAGAAAGUGCUGGGACCAAAAAAAAGAAAAAGCACACUCUGGAAUGGAGGUUUUUAAAGCUUGGACCUGUGCCUAGAAAUGUGGCACAAAAGGAAGUCUGGAUGACCCCUCGGUCUUUGUUGUUUGAAGCCCCAGGAGGGAAGAGGGUUCUUGCGCUCAAAUCUUGUUUGCUGGUUUCCUACAGGCAUUUGUUUGGCCCCUGUGAGAAGAGAAGGCUAGAGUCAUGGGCCCUUGGUCUGAUCCAGCAGGGCUUUUCUUACAUUCAUAUGGUUAUUUAUUAAUCUAAGCCAGAGACCAUAACCAGCUUGUGUGGCAGAAAACUCCAUAAGCUGCAUGCCGCAUUGAGCUCCUUGGAGGAACAUAAAUGCAAUAAACAAGACCCAGUUUUCACCAUGGUGUUGCCCAUGGCCAUACACCGAUCUGAACAGUCCAUUGCAGAAGCAUUUCUAGAACUAUACCCCUCACCCUCUCCCACCCCCACUGUGCCCCACAGGAGGCAUGAAUGGUGGGGCAGCUGCUCACCAGUGGGCAACAAGAAGAAUCUAGACUCCUUGCUCUUUUUUGUAACUGAUGUCAUAAGCCAGCUAGACAGUGUUCUUUGUUCCCACUCCUCAGGGUGUGUGUUCAGAGUUGUUUUGGCAGGCAAAUAGUUGUUUGUUCCUCUCCCUGCCUCCAGAGUUGACAGCACUUUGAAAGAGGGAUCGUUCCCCCCGCCCCCCGCCCGCUUCUGGUCAACAGAUUUCUGCACACUUUGCAUUGUUAGAAAAACCUGCUGGCUCCAACAACAGUAGGGCCAACGAGGUGCUGUUUACACCAUGGGAGCAAAGAAAUGCCUCUUGAAAAUAUUUUGUCCCCAACCUUGGAGAACCAGUGCCGCUACCUUCCAAUUUUCAUUGCUGGAACAUCUUAAAACAUAUACUCCAUCCUCUGCAGAAUGGCUCUGCACAGCAGUUUCAGUGCUUAGCUGUGCAUUAUUGGCGUAGUGGUUAGAAUGUCAGAAUAGGGCCUGGGAGAGACCAGGGUUCAAAUCCCCAUUUGGUCAUGAAGCUCAUUGGGUGAUUUGGGGCCAGUCACUCUUGGCCUAACCUAACCUACUUCACAGGGUUGCUGUGGGGAUUAAAUGAGGAUGGGGAGAACCAUUUAUGCCACCUUGAGUUCCUUGGAGAAAAAGGGUGGGAUGAAAAUAAAUGGCACACGUAACAAUACGCCUCCAUAGCCAUCUUUCUGUGUUGAAGUAAACUACAAAAGUGUUAAAACUACCAAAAUGAAAUGCCUGUUCCUUCCCUGUGAUUAUCUGUUGGUUCAGGCUCUUUUAGGCUUCCUUGUAACUUUCUUUUAAAUUUUUUAAAGUUGCUUCUAUUUUGAGGAUAUUUCAGAAAAUGGGAGACAAAUGUUUGCCUUUAAAAAUUCAAAUGUUAAAACUUCUAGCCAGAGGCUUCCUUUCCUAUGCGAGACCAUAUGAAAUAGUGAAUGAACAAUCAAACACUUAUACCAGGGGUGCCCAAACUUUUUUCAAAGAGGGCCAGAUUUGAUGAAGUGAACAUGCGUGAGGGCCAACCAAAGUUUCUGAGCUUUUUUUAGGAUUGAAAUUGUUGAGCUUUUUUCCCCAGGACAUGCCACGGACUUUGGACAUGCCUGACUUAUACUGUGGGUAUCUAUGCAGAAAUCUCUGACCUUCCAGUUUAUGAAGCCUUGACUGAAUGUCAUGGUCAAUUGUGAUGCUUCUUGGCUGCACUGUGGAUGGCCCAGCUGAACUCCUUAAACGGGGGGGGGGGGGGGGGAUUAUGGAGAGGUAACACAGAUGUUUGUGGGAAGUUUGACAGUCCCACUCAUUUGCAAUCUUUAAACUGGGUGUGGCUAAGAUGUGCCCCCCAUCCAGUGUCGGCCACUAGCUCCCAUCAGUCCCAGCCAGCAUAGCCAGUGGGCAUGGAUGAUGGGACUGGGAGUUGUGGUCCAGCAACAACUGGAAGGCCAAAGGUUACUAUCCCUGCACUAAAAUUAUUGUUUGCAUUUGAUGGGGCUUGUUGUUUUCAAAGUGUGUUCUGGAAUUUGCAGCAGGCAUUAAAAUACUUUGAAGGCUGUCAUGAUAACUUGCUAAGGUAGGUCCAUAUUGUGAAGGUCUAGAUUGCUCAAAGCAACUUGAUGAAUUUCUAGGAAAGUCUGUGAUGCUCCUUAAGACAUGUUGCAAAUUCCUGAGGCAGGCUUGCAAAAUAUCCUUUGCCAAAACAGUUGUGUCUUGCAAUACUUUGAGCUGAUUCUUAAAUACUCUAAACCCCGGAAUGCCUCUGCAGUGACACUGUUUUUUUAUCUUAAUAUCUGCAAACACACAUCAAGUAUAAGCACAUGAAACAAUGGUUUGUUUUAACAAUGUUUUGUUCAGUAGCCAUGAGCCACCUAGCAGAUGAGCAUACAAUCCAUGUCUUGUUUCUUAAAAGCUUACCUGUUUUAUCUCUUUUCAGUCUCCUCUUUUCCAGGCUAAACAUACCAAAUCUACAUGUCCAUGUAAUCACUGGCAAAUAGGCUCCUACCUAAUUCAGAAAGGAAGCACCUCCAAUUCAGUUUUUUUGGCACAUCUCCUAACUUUUGCUAUGUAGUGAUUGAUCACUGGCAUAGCAGCCCAUGACUGCUCCAUCAUUAAUCUAACAAGAUUCUUGCUGCUUCUGGUGGGGCUAUAAGGUCUCUUUUACUGCCAGAGUCUUGCAAUGAGUGGAGAGUGAGCUCAACUGCAGAGGGACAAGGCCUGUUUCUGCAAAGAUGGUGGUGUGUCAAAGGCACCCAGGUAGUAAAGGAGUCUGGCUUUUGUUAAAAGUGCAUGGAUGUCUGUGCAGAGGAGCCUGGGCAGGUGCCAAAGGCAGCUGAAGCUCCUUUUCUCAGGCUAUGUCGAGACUCAGCCAAGAACUGAAUGCCAACACAAUCUUUUGUGUUGCUUGCCAGUGUGGGUGAAGAGUGGAUAACCAAUCAAUCUCCUUCUGAUGAAAGCUCUUUGCUUCAACUCCUUCCAAGUAUGUUGUGAGCUCAUGUAACAGAGUUUGCUCAACUUGAAUGACACAGGGCACUCUGCAAGCAGAGUUCUCUCGGUGUUGAUCUAAGGGAGGCAUUUAUAUAUUUCAUGUGUUACUGUGGGUGUCCCAAAAGAGUCAGUGUUGAGAACCUCUUGGCUUUGACAUUCUCAAGGGUUCUUCAAGUAGCCUAGUUUAAGACAAUGUUGCAGGAAGGAGGAUAACACUGACCUUGCCAGUUGGUCGAUAAAAAUGAUAAAAACAAAAUCUAUCAGUAAGAGCUGGUUUGCAGAGAACCUCAGGUUUGAAAGCCCUGUCUAAGUUAUAUAGUUUAUAGAAGACUUCUAAAAAUGAGUGGGCAUGUCUCCUGUCAAACUUGUAUUGGCAAGGCGUCCCACAGGGUGAGAACUGUCUAUGUUAAUGUAGUCCACUGGUCUACAGUUGGUGGGUUGGGACCCUCUAGUGGGUCAUGGCCUGAUCCAAGAUGGGUCACAACAGGAGAACUACCACCAUGCACCUCUAUGGGAGAAGCUUAAGAAAAGGGCCUCCACAUGCAUGUUUGGUGUAAAAGUGCACCCUGAUUCUGAAAAGGUUAGGGACUGCUGGUGUUAGUGUACACUAGAUCACUGAAAAACAACUUUGAUUUCAUUCCCUUUAGAAAGAAUAACGUUUCUGUCUUUGGGCACAAAGCACAUUGUGUGUGGAGGCUCCACAAAUGUAGGUUGCAAAUAGUAUUAACUUUGGUGUAGCCCUCUGUAUUAAUGUAGCACUCCUACUGCUGACCCCUUUACAAAUCCAACCAUAGCUGCCAAGCCAACUUAUUAAUUGAGUGCCAGUGAAGAAACCGGCUAGUAUAAAACAAACUUGCAUGGGCAGGUGAAGCUGAAAAGUCAUUCCAGUAUCUCACUGGACAGUAAGGUAAAAGGUAAAAAAAUGAAAAACAACCCUGGACAGUUAAAGGUGACUAUGGGGUGCAGCACUCAUCUCGCUUUCAGGCCGAGGGAGCUGGUGUUUGUCCACAGACAGCUUUCCUGGUCAUGUGGCCAGCAUGACUAAACCACUUCUGGCAAAAUGGGACGCUGUGACGAGUGCCAGAGCGCAUGGAGACAGUUUACCUUCCCACCAGAGUGGUACUUAUUUAUCUACGUGCACUGGUAUGCUUUUGAACUGCUAGGUUGGCAGAAGCUAGGACAGACCAACGGGAGCUCACCCCGUCACAUGGAUUCAAACUGCCGACCUUCUGAUCAGCAAGCCCAAGAGGCUCAGUGGUUUAGACCACAGCACCACCCACGUCCCUCAUUAUCUCCCCCUGCAAGAACAUCCUGUAGAGAAGAAUGCUCCCAGAGGGGGUAUUUGAAGGGAAAUGGGUAUGGCCACCCUGGAACUUUAGAAAGCCACCUUCUAGUUUCAUCUCUGCCUCUUUGUUCCAGAAUGAAAGGCCAGUUGCGCCUCCUUUGGCAGCUGCUUAGGGUGACCCACUUUGCAAGAGCCACGAGCCCAUGCCACCUGGAUCCCCUGGAUCCACCAAUGGCUUUACAGAAUCUUGCUUGAUUGCAUAUUAUUGAGCUUGGAAAGAGAUUUCAAUAUAUUCUUAAUAUUUGAUAGGAAUGUAUUGCUUUUCAUAGCACAAAACUGCUUCUUACUCUGAUUUGCAGGUUUGCUUUCUCAUUCUCCAAAGUGUGUCCAUUUAAUUCCCUCCAACCUCUUUGCCCUCCAGCUGUUUUGGAUUUCAGUUCACAUCAGACAUUGUUCAUGGUGGCUGGAGCUGAUGACAGUUGCCCAAAACAUCUGGAGGGCAACAGGUUGGGGAAAGCUGAUCUAGUACAUUUUUGAGAUAAUGGUGAUGGGUUUCAGUCAUUCAAUAAAGGCUGUUUCAACUUUUAAACUGCUGCUGAAAACUUUUCUUUUCUGCCAAGGCCUAUGCAGGUAAUUGAGACUACAUCUUUUCACAAUGGUUAAUCAAUGUCUGAUUUUAAUCUCUUUUUUUACUGUAUGGCUUCAGUGUUAGAAACUGAGAUAUGAAAGCUAGGAGCUAAAUGGCACCUUAAUCCUAGGUUAUGAGCGUAACAACAGAAUGUCUAGGCACACUUUUUUAAAAUAACAAGAAUACAAAACUGAAAAUGAAUGAACUGCAGCUAAAAUAAUAUGUUCAUUUUUCACAUGAUCUAGUCCUUCCCCUGACCACCCCCCCUAAUAUUCUUAAGAGGGUCUCUUUCCAGUCUUCAGAGAGUAGCUGGAAGUGGGGAAGCAGAAAAGAUCCUCAUUUCCUUCCACUCUGCAGUUUUAAUCUGAAAUCUUCGGCGUAGCACUGUGCCCAGAGCUCAGAAACGGCAUGCGCUGAUGAAAUUCCCUGUCGCAAAAUGCGCCUAGAACAAUAGGAGUUUUGAACAUGUACUUUCAUUGUAAGCCACUUUGAUAUGUUUUAUGAAACAGCAGCAUAUAAAUAUUUUAUAGUAAGAAAGAAAUUUUGGCCCAUGCUGCUGGAUGGCUGAACGGAUUUUCAUGAGGUAUCUGGAUUCUAAUUCUACCCUCCUAUUUUAUAUUCCAGAUUACUGUCCGAGUUACCACCAUGGAUGCUGAGCUGGAGUUUGCCAUCCAGCCCAACACCACAGGGAAGCAGCUGUUUGACCAGGUAAGUAGACCAGCCAUGUACGGACUGUAUCAUCUGAAGCAUUUUUGUCUGCGUGGAAUUGGAUAUUGAAUGAUGAGGAAUUUCAUCAAGCAAUAAAUAACAAUGUGCGGAGCAGCCUUUGUUGUUAAGACUAGUAGGUGCAGCUAGCUACAGCAACCAAAUACAUGGGUGAGAUGUGAGAUGCAAGGUAAAUAAAAGAUAGUAAAGGAUAAAAGAAAGGACUCAUUCACACAGCACAUAGUCUACCUAUGGAACUUGCUCCCCCAGGAAGCAGUGACAGCCGCAAACUUGGAUAGUUUUCAAAGAGGAUUGGACAGGUUCAUGGAGGAGGAGAGGACUAUGCCAUGUUUCCUGUAGAUGUUGCUGCGCUAUAACUCCCAUAAUCGCAGGAAAUGACUCUCCUGUCUGAGGCUGAUGGGAGUUAUUGUCCUAAACAUCUGGAGGGCACCAGUUGGCAAAAGGUUGAGUUAGAGCCAACAAAGCUUUCUACCUUGGUGACAAACUCUCCUAUCUGCUCUUAGAUGUCUGGCCUGAUGGUUUCCUAUAGAUUGCAUUAGAAUGGGGCGUGACUCGCAAUAAAGCCUUAAGUCUCCUCAGGGCUUAUAUUUCCCUCCAUUAGACAUUCUGGCAUUGUGAGGAAAUAGAUUCAUUGUGGUUAACCUACUCAUAAAGCACUUUUAUUAUUUGGGGCUUGUAGUGGUUUUAAUUCUUGUACCCCAUGCCACACUCUGAAAUGCUUAUCCAUUACAGCAUAUUAAUGCUCUAUGUAUGGUGUAAUAUUAUUCCACCAUGACUGGGUCUGGUUUCUUCAUAUACUGACUCAUGAAGCUGAAUGUGCUACCAAAUAAAAAGCAGAACAGUGUGUUGUUAGAGUGCAUGCCAACCUAGAUGUGACUGGGGGUGCGGGGUAUGUAUAUUAUUUAUUUUACGUGCUGCUGCCUGUCAUUGCACCCUAGCUUCCAUGGGUCAUGUACUGCAAAGGAGUUGCAGCAAAGUCCAAUGACUCUCUUUUGGCCUACCUUUUCCUUUGGAUGCUUUGGCUGCUACCAGGUGAAAGUGUUUUCUUCUACUCUGGCUGUCUUUCACCGACCGAAAAACAGUGGAUCUCAGGCUUUUAGGGGCCACUCCCUCUUGGUUCUGUAAACUCACCCCCAGUGUCCCCUAUCCUAUAAAAAGCAUUAUUCAGAACAGCUGUUAGCAUGACCCACUACGAACGAUAAUAACAUAACAAAAUUCAAAACAGUAACAAUUAAUUGCACAUUUGUUCAGAAUCCAAUUAAAAUUUAGAUUAGUUAAUUCAACGAAGUUGAUGAACUUGAUCCAGUGAUAAUCAGCUCUUCAAAACCUGAUAAUCUGGCUGGGGCCACCCAGUCAGAUGGGCAGCGUAUAAAUAAUAAAUUAUUUAUUUUACACAUACACCCCACUGCCCCAUUCUGGCUGCCCCCUUGCCUCUUAGUGUCCCUCUAGGUCAGGCUUCCUCAACCUCUGUCCUCCAGAUGUUUUGAGAUGACAAUUCCCAUCAUCCCUGACCACUGGUCCUGCUAGCUAGGGAUCAUGGGAGUUGUAGGCCAAAAACAUCUGGAGGGCCGAGGUUGAGGAAGCCUGAGAGAGCACCACUGAUAUAAAGCAACUCUUCCACUUCUCUCGUCAAAAGGGAGUCUGUAUUGAAAGAGGCCCAUCCCCUGCUUCCUCACAUGCUCGACUUCCUUCCAUAAACACACUCUCCCUCACCCCCCAAUCACAUGUAUGGGUCAUCAAGUGACCAACAUUCAUGACCACCGCUUUCCCAAGUAUAUGGUUUGACUUGCCAAGAGUCAGGAUAUAAAUAUUCUAAGGUGUCCCAACUGUACAGAAUUCACAAGUUCAAAAGAAAUCCACAAAACAAUUAACGAAAAUUUAAAACAAUGCAGAAGUCUUAAACAACACCAAAAUUAGCAACAAAACAUCAGAUGGAACUCAAAACAUGUCAAAUGGCCCCUGGCGAAGAGGAUUGUUUUGACUCUUGUGCUAUGCAGGUUGGGGCUGACAAAGUAGCCAUAACUUCCUGGUCAUGGGAGGUGAAGGGGAGGGCAAGCCAGUCAUCCCGAUUUGGGGGCCUCCAGAGGUUUUGGUCUAGCCUGCAGAGCUGAUGGAGGCAUGGCUGUUCUGGGUGGGACUGAUGGGAGUUGUAUCCCAAAACCUCUAGGUUGGGGAAGGUGGUCCAAAAAGGAAGGAUAGCACAGAACUAUUGCUUUCCACAACCUUGCAUGUCUGUUCUGGCUCCAUCACCUGAACAACAUCUUCAUGGGAAAGUAAGUAUGGGGUCUUCCUGAAUAAAAAUGUUUGUCCUUGGUUUCUUUUUUUUCCAUUCUUUUAUGUCCUGUUUACAGACAGCUGUGGCAGUAUGGCCUCCUCCCUAAUAUUUCCUCCUUGCAUCUGUCAAAACAGAGUUUUGCUUUCACAUAGAGGAUUUCUACAAUAUAACCUCACUGUUCUGUUAGUAUCCAUUAUAACUUGCUGCAGCAAAAAAACCCCUAAAAUCCUUACCGCUUUCCUCCCAAAGCAGGCACAAAACCCUUUCAUGCAAAAUGCAUGCAUUUGUAUUAUGCUCUAGCCCAGCAGCAACCAAACCCUUUCGGGCCACCGCUCCCAUGGUUCAAUGCACUCACCGCCAGGGUUCCCUGCCCUACCCUACCCUACCUUAUAAAAAGCAUCUUUCUGAAUUGUUGUUUGCACAACCCACUAAGGAAGAUAGUAACACCAUGAAAAUUGAAACAGUAAGAAUUAAAAAUCCAGUUAAAACUAGUUUAAUUAAUCCAACAAAACUGACAAACUUGAUCCACUGAUACCAGCUUUUCAAAGUCUGAUAGUCAUUUGCACCACCAGUGACCCCUACUGCCCUCUUGCCUCUUAACGCACCCCCCCAGGUAAUCCCCCUACCCUCUAGGGGUCAGUACCACCCGCUUUCAGAACCGCUGUGCUAGAUAGCACUCAGUGAAAGUUAAGUUGCAAGCAUGUUUUAAUAGUUGUUGUAUCAACAAAUUUAGUAUGGCCACUUGUUGAGGAAAUAAUGGAUUGAUUUUAACUCAGUUGCUUAAAUGGCCCUUUUUAUCUUUGGUUAUCUAAAUGAUGAUUUAAAUUGCAUUGGUUUUAUAUUCAUACACCUUGUCUACUGGGGAUGAGAUAUACUAGUGUUUUUUAAGAAAUAAGUUGGUUAACAUCUUAAGGCUGACAUGAGCACAAAGAAAGGGCCACGGCAUGAUCCACCCGUGCUGUGACUGUGUGCAUAUGCGGAUGUAGGUGUGGGUGUUUGUAAUCUCUUGUCCCAUCUUUGCUUCAGAUUUCAUUGCAUCAUUCAUUAGGAAAUGAAUUGAAAAUAAAAUUGCCAGCAGCCCAUCUAGUCUAGCAUCCUGCUCUCACAGUGGCCAACUGACUAGAGCAGGUUUCCUCAACAUCUGCCCUCCAGAUGUUUUUUGAGACUACAAUUCCCAUCAUCCCUGACCACUGGUCCUGCUAGCUAGGGAUCAUGGGAGUUGUAGGCCAAAACAUCUGGAGGGCUGAGGUUGAGGAAGCCUGAUCUAGAGCACCCCCCUCUCCUGUUGUUUCCAGCAACUGGUAUUUCAGUAACUGGCACUGCUGCCUCCAACUGCGGAGACAGAGCAUAGCCAUUCUAGCUAGUAGCCAUCAAUAGCCCUCUUCUCCAUGAAUUUGUCCCAUUCUCUGUUAAUGGCAUCUAGGUUGGUGGUCAUCACUGCCUCCUGUGGAAGUGAGUUCCACAGUUGAACUACCGUAUUUUUUGCUCUAUAACACGCACCCGACCAUAACACGCACGUAGUUUUUAGAGGAGGAAAAUCCGUAGGCGUGCCACCCGUAGGCAUUCCCUCCAUAACACGCACAGACAUUUCCCCUUACUUUCUAGGAGGAAAAAAGUGAGUGUUAUGGUGCAAAAAAUACGGUAUGUACUGCGUGAGGAAGUCUUUUCUUUUAUCAGUCCUGAAUCAUCCAACCUUCAGCUUCACUGGAUGUCCAUGAUUUCUAGUGUCACAAGGCCACAUGAUUUAGCUGGAAAAGGAAAUGAUGAGAGAGCUCUACUGGGCCUCUACUGUCCUAGAAAUAUCAGAGCACAGGGAUGCUCAAAAGUCAGUCUCACUGCUUUCCAGCAACAUUCAGCGCUAUGUCAGAGAUAAACUUCAAGCAGUUACCAGAGUCUUGAGGACGUGAAGCACACAUGUCUCUUGAUGAUGAUAAUAAUAAUAAUAAUAAUAAUAAUAAUAAUAAUAAUAAUUUAUUAUUUAUGCCCCGCCCAUCUGGCUGGGCUUCCCCGGCCACUCUGUUAUUAUUGAUGAUAAUAACAGAUUGUAUAAUGUGUCCUGACUGUUCAUAGUGCUCCAUGCACACUGUCAGCUGCUCCUAGCUACUAUCAUGUAUAAGUCAACCCCAAUUGUGGACACUGCAGGGACAGAACUCAACUUGGCCAAGUUAAGCUUAAGUCCAUAUUACCAGUGAUUUGAGCAGGGCAUUCCUUUAGCAGUGUGUCAUGCAUAGGGUUACUAGGCUGAUCAGAAGUCUCUCAUUUUGCCUUGGCCCCUCCUACAGGGGCAGGGGGAGCUUGGAUCUCCACAUGAGCAGGAUCAUAGAAUCGUAGAACUGUAGAGUUUGAAGAUAACCCAAGGGUCAUCUAAUCCAACCCCCUGCAACACAGGAAUCUAUUGCCCAAUGUGGGGCUCGAACCCAAGACCCUGACCCUAGAGUCUCAUGCUCUACUGGCUGAGCUACCCCCCAUCUCCCUAAUUUAAGGAGUGCCUUAAAUUAUUACUAAUAUUAUUGUAUUAAGAAGACUAUGUGUGCAUCUUGCAAGCUUCAGCUCAGGAGCAGCUGGCUUCAAAUUUUUGCAUAGACCCUCGGGGGGGGUGUCAUGUCCUCCUCUGCUCUGUCCUCCCCUCUCCCAGUUCUCCAUCUUCAGGGCUCAGUCGCAGGAGGAAGCUCAGAGGAAGAAUCAAUAGGGCCCAAUAAUAAAAAAUAAAGAAAAAAUGGGGGGGAAAUAAAUAAAUUUGAUUUCCGAUUAGACUCACUGUAUUGUUGUUCCUAUUAUUGUUUUACACACAGUUUCAAAUUACCAUUUACUUUCUUUGUUCUUAUCAAAAAAAGGAGUUGUCAUCUAUACUUUUAUUUUACAAGAAUCAUUUGAGUUCUGCCAGGAGAUUGUUGGUGUUACAAUAAUUUUUCAAAUACUCUUUAAAUUUUUCCAUUCGUUCUGUUCUUUCUGUAUUGGAUACCCUCUAACUCUCCCUGUCAUCAUAGCCAACUGCAAAUACUCUUAUCAUUUGGACCGGCCACACUCAUUUAUUGUAGGUGUUUUUUCACUUUUCCAGUUUCUUGUGAUUAAGAUCCUGGCUGCUACUGUCAAGUACAUAAAAAGUGGUCUAGCACCAGUUUAACUGUCUAUCGUGUAAUGCAAUAAAAUUCAAAAUUAUAACAAUUAAUUGUACAUUUGUUCAAAAACCAAGUGAAAAUAUUUAGUUCAGUUAAUUCAACAAGAUUGAUGCGUGUGAUCCAGUGAUACUAACUUUCCAAAGUCUGAUAAUCAUUUACACCUCCAGCACCCCCUGGCUCCAACCUUCCUCUUAGUACCAGAUUAUACCCCACCACCAUCAGGGAGAGGUACCGCUCAUUUUGAGAACCACUGGUCUAGGCCUUCAGAGUACUAGAAGUACCCAGGAAAGGUUUUUACCUGACUUUUGGCGAGCGCCGCAACCCCAGAGUCGGUCACGACUGGACCUAAUGGUCAGGGGUCCCUUUACCUUUACUGCAGGUCUUGGGCAAAAGGGAGUUCAGAAUAGAUUCUCCAGGGCAAAGGCCCCAGGAGUCUUGGAGGCAUUAGAGUUGGUGGGCUGGUGAUGUCUUAUUUUUGGCUUCUGAAGUUGCCUUUCUGUAGGAAGACUCAUGAAUCCAGGAAGUUGCUGCUACGCCAAUGCCUUGAUAAAAAAUCUAAUCUGCCUUUUUAAAAAAAAAAAAAUCAUUGCCCUGGAACUCGGCAACUGUCUCUGGACAAUUGCAACGGGAGGAAGUUGAUUUGCAAAGGAAAUAACCCAUUCAGCUCUGUCCACAAUGGGAAAUAAAACCGAUUGUUCCAUACUUUAUUUUUGCUGCCUGACUGAAUGUUCUGGCUUGCCCAGCCUGCCCUGUGGUAGAAGAAAAAUAAAAACAGCUUGGCUAAGAGACUCUUCUCUCUCUCUCUCUCUCUCUCUCUCUCUCUCUCUCUCUCUCAUUCUCUCUCUCUCUCUCCCCGACAGAACAUUGUGGGAGCCCUGUUUUCAGUUCUGCAACUUUACAAAUGACGCAGUUGCAUUGGGCUGUUAGCAUAAUGGAGGACUGAAGUAAGAUUACGUGGCUAGUAGCCACAAACUCCCAAAACAAAGGCAUGGUGGCUGCCAGGCAAUAUAACAGACUCUGCCCCCCCGCCCCGGUUUUGUAUCAGGCUAUUUAAGCCACCACCAUGCCGGCCACUUCGUACCCUAAAUAAUGGGGAUGGUGAAAGAUGAUGAUCAUCAUUAAAUUUAUUGCCCACCCUUCAUUAGCAGGGUUUACAACAAAUUUUUUUUUUUAAAAAAAGUUAAAACUUAUUGCAAUCACAGGAAUAGGUAGGGUGGGCCUUGAAAACAACCACAUCCCAGAGUAAAGAGGUGUGUCUUAAGCAUUUGCCAGAAGCUAUAUAGCAAAAGUGUCAGGUGCAGCUUUGUGAGGAGGGAGUUCCACAACUUAGGGGCUGCCACAGAGAAGGCCCUUUCCUGGGCUGCUACCAUCCCAAAAGGUUGUUAGAACUGCCAACAGGGUUCCCUUCUGCCUUAACACUCGGAGGGUUUGUAGGAAAGGCAGCAGUGUUUCAGAUAUUUGGGACCUGAUUUGGUUAAGGCUUUGCACCCAGAAUUGGACUGGCAGCCAAUGCAUCUGCUUUAAAGACCAACUCUAGCUGCCAGUAAUCUGGCCGCUACUUUGGGGGCCAGCUGAUGGCCAUUCUGCAAAUCAGUAACUCUGCUUAAAAUUCAUUGGCCCAGAUUCUCCUGUAAGUGUUUAUAAAAUGCCGAAUUAGUACCGUAGUUGUAGUUGGCUUGUGAUUUUGAAAUGCUGAUGCAUGUGGUGGGUUUGUUUCUGUUCCAGACUGAUAAGGCCUUAGGGAAGUGAUAAGUUAACAAGAGUGUUUCAAAGCAAACGACUUAUUUUGCGGCGUGAAAUACAGUGGAACCGCUAACCCGGAUGCAGGUGCUCCUGGUAGCGAACUUUGCCCUGGGAUGCAAGCGGAAGUUGUAUGCCGGCGGUGUGGCAGCAGCGGGAGGGCCCAUUAGCGAAAGUGCAUGUCAGAUUAAGAAUGGUUUCGGGUUAAGAACGGACCUCCAGAACGUUUUAACUUAAUUCGAUCCGGAGGUCCGUUCUUAACCUGAGGUACCACUUUAGCUAAUGGGGCCUCCCGCUGCUGCCACGCCGCCGGAGCACAAUUUCUGUUCUCAUCUUGAAGCAAAGUUCUUAACCCGAGGUACUAUUUCUGGGUUCGCGGAGUGUGUAACAUGAAGCGUUUGUAACCUGAAGCAUCUGUAACCCAAGGUACCACUGUACUCAAAUUAUACAUCUAUGUGAACUGUGUGCGUAUGUGAAUGAAACCCUAGAAUUGCAUUAAAAAUUAAAUAGGCCACGUUAUUCUAAUGGAGAUAAUUUAAGGCAAUGUGUUUCACAUGGCUUUCGAAUUGCAGCUGGUUACAGUGGUACCUCGGGUUUAAGAACAGUCCUGUUUACGAAUGAUUUGGUUUACGAACUCCGCAAAACCAGAAGUAGUGUUCCGGUUAUUGAACUUUACCUUGGUCUAAGAACGGAAUCUGAAAGGUGGAAGGGCUCCAGCGGCAGGAGGCCUCAUUAGGGAAAGCACGCCUCGGUUUAAGAACGGAUUCAGUUUAAGAACGGACUUCUAGAAUAGAUUAAGUUCGUAAACUGAGGUACCACUGUAUAUGUCUUCUCUCCUCAAAGAUAACUCCAGGAUGAGUUCUGUAUUCUUGAAGGGCUGCAAUAUUUUCCUAGUGCAGGGACCAGAAUCAUGUGUUUUAUAUGCUAUCUUUAUAGAGAAAAGGUAGGCCUCUGAUUGUGGGCAGAGCACAGCCACUGAGAGCCCUCUCCUCCAUGAAUUUGUCUAAUCCUCUUUUAAAGCUAUAUCUAGGUUGGUGGUCGUCCCUGCUUCCUGAGGGAGUGAGUUCCAUAGUUUAACUAAGCACUGCUGUCUCAGCAGCCUUAUCUUUAUCCCGCUUCUUAUGGCAGUUUUGGAAACCUAGGCAGGCAGUCCCUCUCCUGCCCAGUCAUGCUCGAUUGCUGCUCCCUUUUAUUUGAAUCUUGUCAGUCCCAUCUGGAAACGUAACUCGCUCACACAGAGCAAUGCAAUGAGGCCUGGUAAGGAGGGAGCUGUGCAGGAGCCCCUGUCAUAGCUGGCCCAGCCCCACCCUCUGGGCAGGAAAUGAGGCAGCAGCUUUGAGGGGAAGUCCUGAGCUUGAGACGUGUCCCAUGAAACUGCACUGCUGUUUAGCUUGCAGUGGGCCUUUCUCUCCUCAUCUGCCUGGCAGGAAGGAGCAGCUCUUCAGCCAAAAUUGUGUGUGCACUUCCAAGUGCUCUGUCAGUUGGUUUGGACCUCAAGGCUCUUCUUCUCCUUUAUUUUUUGAACCCAACCCAUUUGUGGCCUGAGCAUCCCUUCUCCAUGCUGCAAAUACAUGGGCAGCUAGGAGACUCCCUCUGGCCAGUCUCCAGAACUCAGAGGAAACUGGUGACUAAAUGCUUCCUCUGAAUGACGUCGUCUCCCGGACCUUUCCAGCUUCCAGCCCCUUCCAUAAUUUUAUCCUGAAAUAUUUCCUUCUGUGGCUCUUGCAGGAGCUUCUGUGAAGUGGACGAAUGUUGGUUGUAUCUGGUUUGUAGUGUAAAAUUGUGGAGAUUAGAUGUUAAUUAGCCAGCUUUGCCCCUCAGAUAGUGGUAGGUUUCACCUUAAGGUUUUACCUAUCCUUUGGAGGUAUGAGAGGAUCAGACUAACAAUGCAAGUGUUUGUAAUUUCCUAAAAGUUUUUGCUAGCACAAGCUGAGCAGUUUUCUUAACAUCUGUGUCCAGACGAGGUGCGGGCCCUCCUGGGGGAUAUCAUCAAUUUGUCCCUUGGCACGGGGACAUUCCCAGGGGAACUGAAGGAGGCAGUGGUGCGCCCGCUCUUAAAGAAAACAUCAUUAGAUCCUUUAGAUCUAUCCAAUUACCGCCCGGUUUCGAAUCUUCCGUUCCUGGGUAAGGUGAUUGAGAGAGCGGUUGCUGAACAGCUUGGUGGUUUUCUGGAUGAAACAUCGGCUCUGGAUCCAUUCCAGUCCGGCUUCCGCACUGGUCAUGGGACCGAGACGGCUCUGGUUGCCCUAACAGAUGAUCUUCGUAGACAGCUGGAUCGAGGCGGGUCAGGGCUGCUGAUUCUUCUAGAUCUGUCAGCAGCUUUCGACAUGGUCGAUCACGAACUUCUAGACCACCGCCUUGCUGACGUGGGGAUCCAGGGCACAGUCCUUCAAUGGCUGCGCUCGUUUCUCUCUGGUCGGGGACAGAGGGUGGCGCUUGGGGGGGAAUUGUCAUCGCGCCACUCCUUGGUGUGUGGAGUACCUCAGGGUGCGAUACUCUCCCCGAUGCUUUUCAACAUCUUUAUGCGCCCCCCGCCCAGCUUGUUCGGAGUUUUGGGCUGGGUUGCCAUCAGUAUGCCGAUGACACCCAACUCUAUCUGUUGAUGGAUGGCCAUCCUGACUCGGCCCCAGACACACUGACUAGAUGUUUGGAAGCUGUGGCUGGAUGGUUUCGUGGGAGCCGGUUGAAGCUAAAUCCUUCGAAGACAGAGGUCCUGUGGCUGGGACGGGGCGAUAUGGGAUUGGGGGGGGCAACUCCCAUCUCUUGCGGGGGGCGCAAUUAGUGCCAGCACCGUCCGUUAAGAGUUUGGGUGUAAUCUUCGACACCUCCCUUUCCAUGGAGGCGCAGAUUGCAGCUAUAACAAAGGCGGCAUUUUUCCAUCUCCGCCAAGCUAAGCAGUUGGCUCCUUACCUCUCUCGCCCUGACCUAGCCACUGUGAUCCAUGCGACGGUCACCUCCAGACUGGAUUAUUGUAACUCGCUCUACGUGGGGCUGCCCCUGAGACUGACCCAGAAACUCCAGCGGGUGCAGAAUGCUGCAGCGAGACUCCUUAUGAGGUCUUCGCUGCGAGAUCACAUUCACCCGGUGCUAUACCAGCUGCACUGGCUCCCGGUGGAGUACAGGAUCAGGUUUAAGGUGCUGGUUUUAACCUUUAAAGCCCUAUACGGCCUAGGACCCUCGUACCUACGGGACCGCCUCUCCUGGUAUGCCCCACAGAGAAACUUACGGUCUUCGAAUAAAAACAUCUUGAAGGUCCCAGGCCCCAGAGAAGUUAGGCUGGCCUCAACUAGAGCCAGGGCUUUUCGGCUGUGGCUCCGAUCUGGUGGAACACUCUGUCACAAGAGACCAGGGCCCUGCGGGACUUGACAUCUUUCCGCAGGGCCUGCAAGACAGAGCUGUUCCACCAGGCCUUUGGCCAGGGCACAGCCUGACUCCCUCCCUCGGCAAUCUUCGCGGAGCUCUGGCCCAAUGGUUGCCAGUGGCUUGAAUUAAUUAAUUUUAUAACGAAUGAUUUUAGACUGUUGUUUAUGCUGUACUUUUGUACUGUUUUAUUGUUGUUAGCCGCCCUGAGCCCGGCUUCGGCUAGGGAGGGCGGGAUAUAAAUAAAAUUUAUUAUUAUUAUUAUUAUUAUUAUUAUUAUUAUUAUUAUUAUUAUUAUCUGUGGGAAUAUGUUAAUGAGAAACAGCAGCAGAUGGAAACUGAAAUUAUGACACAAGGUUUUCCUUGCUUUGAAACAGCUUAUGUUUCCUCUUGAGUUUUGCAACCUUGCAUGGCUGCAGAUUGCCUCAAAUUCAAGAUGGUAGCCCUAAGGUGGAUAUAAAGGACAGGCCUGUACCUGUGUGUGUUGAUAUAGGCAAGCGCGUGCGCGCACACACACAUGUUACAAGAUAUUUCUUCAUCUUUGCUAAGACUAGGCAAUUUUAUAGAGAAGUUCUGUCCCAGACUGUGCCUGUUACAACUCCUUCUCACCCCUUCCAAGCUCAGGUUAAUUCAUGGUGACAUAACUUUAAAAAACAAAACAAAGCAGUGUAGUUAGGUAAGUGAGUACACUGAGUUCAUUCUUACUUAUUCAUGAAAUUUAUAUACUACUUGACCAAAAAACCCCUCAAAACUCAGUGUGGUUUACCAAAAGAAUAAAGCAAGAGUUAAAAAAAGCUAAAAAUAAAAUAAAAUUCAAACCUUCAGAACAUAAUCUAUGAUAAGCUAAAAACCAGAUUAAAAGUGCUUGUCAACAUUCUGUGUAUCUGGAUAGGCAUGCCUGAACAGAAAUGUUUUUGGCAGGUGCCAAAAAGAAUGGUGAAGAAACGCCUGAUGUCAACAGGCAGGAAGUUCCAAAGUGUGGAUGUUGCUGCUCUAAAAAUACCCGAAGAAGCGCUUCUACCCCCCGUCAUUCAGCCCAGACACUGAGGUCUAGCUCCAAUAGUUUUCUGGUGGUUCCCUGAUCGCGAGAAGUGAGGUUACAGGGAACCAGGCAGAGGGCCGUCUCAGUAGUCGCAGCUGCCCUGUGGACUGCUCUCCCAUCAGAUGUCAAGGAGAUACAACCUUUAGAAGACAUCUGAAGGCAUCCUUGUAUAGUGAAGUUUUUAAUGUUUUAUUACAUUUCUGUAUAUGCUGGAAGCUGCCCAGAGGGGCUGGGGCAACUCAAUCAGAUGGGCGGGAUAAAAAUAAUAAAAUUCUUCUUCUUCUUACUUCUCCAUGGGCCAGCUCUGUUGAUCUCUCUCCUUCUGCUUCUCUUAUUGGCACCCACAAUCUUCCCGUUGGAGAUGGCCUCAGUCACCUUCCUUUCCUCCUCUAAUGUGAGGCUGCUUCUGGCUUCUAGAAAUGUUGAAUUUGUAUGGCUAUAUGGAAUAAAACUGCCCUACUGUGCUGGGGUGGGGGCUCUUAUGGCUUCUCCUGAAGCAACACAGCCUCCUGAACCGCUGUUAGCCUUUCAGCAGGGAAACUGAAACAGAGGCCUGUAGGUGUGAAUGUGGCUGCCCCCAUCUAGAUGGAAAGACUGCCUUGAGAACAGCGUGUCAUUUUAGCCCUUUGGAUCAGGCCAUUUUCCUCCCACCUCACAUAACAGUCACCCUCCAACCAUUAUGCUGACGCAGUGGUGGGCAUUUUCUUUCAUCCCGAAUGCCAGAAGCCUUUUUUCCUUCUGUGUCUGUUUCGAAUGACCUCCCCCACAAGUCAGAAAUGUAGAACGAACCACAGAAUGAUGCACUGCAGACUUGUGAGGAGUUUCAUUAAAGGUCCCAAGUGUGGAUUGAGAGAGGAAGGUCAUAGAAUUAUAGCGUUGGAAGGGACACCACAGCUCAUCUAGCCCAAUCCCUUACAAUGCAGGAAUCACAGCUAAAUAAUAUCGGACUAAAGAUAUCCAGAUUUAGUUGGGACACUUGCUUAGGGUGAAGUCCUCUUCAGCCCCACCAGAUGAUCUUCUAAGGAAGCCUGCAAGAGGAUCGAGCCUCUACCUGGGGCAGCAGCCUCAUAGUGCCAAGCAGGUUAAAUCUGAAACAAGGACUGCAGCUGUCAUUGAGCCUAAGCUGAUGCAGCAUACCGGUACUUGCAGAGCGCCACCCCCCACCUGCCGCCUUACCUGGUCUUUGCCGGCAGUGCUUCUGUUGCCACCAGUGGAACUUUGUUCAACAGGGCAGGGCUGGCAGGUGGCACCAGGUGCCCUAUGAUGGUUGGUGCUCUGAAUUCUACUUUGGUCCAAGAGUAAUACCCUAGUCCAGUUAUGCAUUAUUCCUAGUAAGUACGUCAUGGAAAUAAUUCCAUUUCCACCACCACACCAACUUGAUUCCUGAUUGCCUUCCUGUGCUCUUGAGAAAAUGUUCCUUAUCAUUAGUACUGUGACUGGUUCAAUAAAGUACAGUAAAGCUCAAAUUGCAGAAAUUGUGCUGUUCCUCACCCUGUGGCAGCUGCAAUCAUUUUAACUGUUCUGUUGGUUCUAAGGGCCAAUCUACACUGGAGAUUAAAAAGCCAUGGUUUGGCAUGUUCAGCUAUAAGUAGUAGGCUUUAGAUCAGCGGUUCCCAAAGUGGGUGGUAAAGGAGCGGUAGGAUUAAGCUAAUCAGUUUUGUUGACUUAAAUAAACUCAAUAUUUUCAACUGGAUUGUGAAUGAAUGUGCAAUUUAUUGUUAUUUGAUUUGAAUUUUAUUGUGUUGUUAUUUUCCUUAGUGGGUGGUGCAUUCUGAAUAACAGCGUCUGAAUGCCACUCACUACUAACAAUCGAAGGAUUAGUAAAUUUAGAUCAAAUUGUCUGAUACCAGGGGCAGUGCAAAAGAAAAUGCUGUCUCUCAAGCACCAUGAUGGUUACCACUGCUACAACCUUAUUUGACAGGACUAUGAGGACAAACCGAAGCAACCCUAUGUUGCCCUUUUAGAGGAAGGGUGAGAUAAAAAUGGAGCAGUUUUUGUUAUUGCAUGUGUGUGAACCUGAAGAUAAUGGAAAUUCCCCAACUGAGGCAGGAGCCCAACUUUUGGAUAUUGUAUGACUAAUGUCUAUUUUGAGACUUGGCUUGCUUAAUUAGCACCUUAGAGAUAGGCCAAGUUCCAGUCAGUCACUGCUUUGGAAUUCCAUUCUUCCCUAUGAAUGAAACAAUUACAUGGCAUUUGAAUUUUACUGAAGGCAAUCAAUGGUCAGGGAUGUAAAAUGACCUGGAGGGGAAUAGUCCAAUCUAGGUUUUGAGGGAUUUUCUUUUCUUUUUAGGAGAGUGGUUUGCUUUCACCUUGGGCAGCUAGGUGCAAUGUUUUCUUUAGAGUGAUUGCUGUUUGUUUUCUUGAGGGUUGUUUUUGUUUUUUGCAGGGGGGGGGGGUUAACUAUCCCUCUCAAGUGAGAAGGUAGCUUUGACCCUCCCAACUUGGUAUCACAGAAUUCCUGAUUUCUCAAGAUGGUCCCUAUGGUCCUUUCAGUCAGGCCUAGCAAAAAUUAAGGGAACACACUGAUAUGGUGGGAUGGGAGGGUUUUUUAUAUUGAUGUGUCUUGUGCUAAAAUGGGGAGUAUGUGAAAGCAAUGCUGUAGCAAAUAGCUCACACAAAUGCGCAUUCAUUCAUUUAUUCAUUUAUUUUUAUUACCCCGCUUUCUUUUAUCUGUCAUGGAAUCCAGAGUGGCACACAUGAAGAUGGUCUCCCAUUCAGGCACUGACCAGACCCAAAACUUGCUUAGCUUUAGCAAAGUGGUGGCCCCAUGUGCCUUGAACAUGUGCUGCCAAGAACUUGUGGUUUUUUUUUGUUUUUUUGUUUUUUUGUUUUUUUCUGAAAGGGAGCAUAUCCUAUGUUCUUUAUUAACUGUGUGGGUGUGUCUGAGUGAUUGUAUCACCAGCUCCAAGACCAAUUAAUCUAUAACUAAAACUGUGUCUGUGUAAAAUGCCUUUUGGUGUGGAAACAGUCGUUCUUCUGGAAAUACUAUUUUUGAAAUCUGCCCUACCAAUAGGAUCUGAAGGUCAUACUUGGCAGUAUAAGGGUAGUUUAAGAAAUGCAGGUCACCCCUGGUCCUCUUGAAAAUUGUGGUAUGUAGAACAUUCUGGGCUACUCAAGGCAAUAACCAUUGAUAUUAAUGAGAGGUGAUGCUAGAUUUUCCAUUUUCACUUUGCCAGGUGAUCCUGGAAAAAAUGGGCCGGCAUGCCAAGACGACACUCCUUAGCUUUUCUCUAGCCAUAAUUUAUUUUAAUUAUUUCUUAGCUGUUGUUCAAAAUAAAAUCUUCCUACAGCGACUUGCAACACUUAAAAAGCGAUUUUAAAACUAUAUAAAAUAUAAUGCUGUGCCCUCACCACAGCAGUGGUUCACUACGAAGCUUCUGUGUAAUCAUAGCUGGGUGUUCCAAAACAGAACUAGCAAACGGACACCACUUCACAUCACCCAAAUAAAUGUUGUUGUUUUUUUAAUGAUAUUUAUUAAGGUUUCAAAAAGAUUACAUAGAUAAAAAGAAAAGAAAAAAAAAGAAAAAAGAGAGAAAAAAUACAAAAUACAAAAUACAGAAAAAAGAUAAAAAAACACUUAAAAACAAAUCAAUCUUUCCAUACCUUACAUUUCAUUUCCUUGCUUCCCUGACCUCCUCUCACCUCCCUUUUUUGUAUUCCAGUUCAAUUAGUUAAUUCAGCAAUUCCUUUCCCUCUUUGUUUUUGUCUUAAUCCUUUAACUUAAUAUAUUAUAACUUUGGAUUCUCACCUGUUAACAAUCCAUUUUACAUACACCUUUAUAACAUUGCUGCUAAAACCACUUAACUUCAUUCUGACAUCAUUCUAACAUUCAUUAAUUUUGCAGUAUUUCUGUAAAUAGUCUUUAAAUUUCUUCCAAUCUUCUUCCACCGACUCUUCUCCCUGGUCUCGGAUUCUGCCAGUCAUUUCCGCCAGUUCCAUAUAGUCCAUCACCUUCAUCUGCCAUUCUUCCAGGGUGGGUAGAUCUUGUGUAUUCCAAUACUUUGCAAUAAGUAUUCUUGCUGCUGUUGUGGCAUACAUAAAGAACGUUCUAUCCUUCUUUGGCACCAAUUGACCAACUAUGCCCAGGAGAAAGGCCUCUGGUUUCUUCAAGAAGGUAUAUUUAAAUACCUUUUUUCAUUUCAUUAUAGAUCAUCUCCCAGAAAGCCUUAAUCCUUGGGCACGUCCACCAAAGGUGGAAGAAUGUACCUUCAGUUUCUUUACAUUUCCAACAUUUAUUAUCGGGCAAAUGAUAGAUUUUUGCAAGCUUGACUGGUGUCAUGUACCACCUGUAUAUCAUUUUCAUAAUAUUCUCUCUUAAGGCAUUACAUGCCAUAAACUUCAUACCUGUGGUCCAUAACUGUUCCCAGUCAGCCAUCAUUAUGUUAUGUCCAACAUCUUGUGCCCAUUUAAUCAUAGCAGAUUUCACCGUUUCAUCCUGAGUAUUCCAUUUCAACAGCAAGUUAUACAUCUUUGACAAAAUCUUAGUUUUGGGUUCUAACAGUUCUGUUUCUAAUUUUGAUUUCUCCACCUGGAAGCCAAUUUUCUUGUCCAAAUUGUAUGUCUCCAUUAUCUGAUAAUAAUGAAGCCAAUCUCGCACUUUGUUUUUUAGUUUCUCAAAACUCUGCAGUUUCAAUCUAUCUCCCUCUUGUUCCAGAAUUUCCCAAUAUUUCGGCCAUUUGGCCUCCAUAUUGAGCUUUUUCUGAGCUUUCGCUUCCAUCGGUGACAGCCACCUUGGGGUUUUAUUUUCCAAUAGAUCCUUAUAUCUUAUCCAGACAUUAAACAAUGCUUUCCUGACAAUAUGAUUUUUAAAUGCUUUAUGUGCUUUGACCUUAUCAUACCACAAAUAUGCAUGCCAUCCAAAUACAUUAUUAAAACCUUCUAGGUCCAAAAUGUCUGUGUUUUCAAGAAGCAGCCAUUCUUUCAGCCAGCAAAAAGCUGCUGAUUCAUAAUAAAGUUUAAGGUCUGGCAGGGCAAAUCCACCUCUUUCCUUUGCAUCCGUUAGUAUUUUAAAUUUUAUUCUAGGCUUCUUGCCGUGCCAGACAAAUCUAGAGAUAUCUCUCUGCCACUUCUUGAAACAAUCCAUUUUGUCCAAAAUUUGCAAUGUUUGAAACAGAAACAACAUUCUAGGCAAAAUCAUUUUUAUCGCAGCAAUACGGCCUAGCAGUGAAAGCUUCAAAUUUGACCAAAUUUCUAAAUCUUUUUUCACUUCAGAAUUUUUCAUAAUUGUCUUUAAAUAAAUUCCCAUUUUUAGCUGUCAUGUUAAUCCUUAGGUAUUUCACUUUCUUAACCACUGUUAAACCUGUCUCAUUCUGAAACCAAAUAAACGUUUUUAAAGCCUGCCUUGCACUGCCACAGCAAGGGGAGUGGUGAGGGCGCUGCGUGGGUGAUGCACCUCAAAAGAGAGAGGGGAGCCUGUACAGUGUAAUGGCUAAGAAUGCUUGGCUAGGACAUGGGAGACCAGGGUUCAAAUCCCCACUUCACCAUGAAGCUCACUGGGUAACCUUGGGCCAGUCAUUUGCUCUCAGAUUAACUCACCUCACAGGGUUUUUGUGAGGAUAAAAUGGAGGGAGAGAAGUGUGCUCCUUGGAGGAAAGGUGGGAUAUAAAUGCAAUAGAUAAUAAUAACUAAAUAAACUCAAGCAUAGCCUAUGAGAGUUACAACGGCUACCAGAUCUUUGCUGCUACUAUGUGUGUUGUCGUUUUUAAAUUCCUUUACCCAUCUCCUAAUUGUUCCAAAUUUUAAUCCAAAUGUAAAAAGUACUCACGGUACAGUUCUUAAGUGAUUUUAGCGUUGGAAGAAUUGACCGCUAAUGCCUCACAGUCUCGCAGCUUUGUACCAUCAAAGAAAGCGUUCUAUCCUUGCGUUGCAGCUCUGACCCCCUCGCUCUCAGAUCUUGCCGGGGAGCGGGGAGCCCGCUUUUGACACCCGGCACUUUUAACACUACCCCUUAUUUUACAGCAGGGAAGAUGACUGUCAUAUCCUGCAGUGCUGUUUGCAAGUCUUUAUUUGUAAUAUAUUCAUAUCCCGUCUUUCCUCCAGAGAGCUAAAGGUGGCAUGCAUACUUCUCCUCCUUCCCAUUUUAUCUUCACAGCAACCUUGUGAGGUAGACUAGACUGAGAGAGGCAGCUUCACAACCAGGAAGCUUCAUGACCAAGUGGGGAUUUGAACCCUGGUUCCUCCCAGGUCCUAGUCCUCAUUUUAUCCCUACAACAAGCCUGCGAGGUAGGUUAGGCUGAGAGGCAGUGACUUGUGACCACGGGUCACUUCAUGGCUAAGUGGGAAUUUGAACCCUAAUCAUCCACAGGUCAUAGCUCAGCAGUCUUAAUGACUGCACCAAAGUGGCUUAAAUAAGCAAGCUUUUUAUCAGACAGGAACCCACAAAAUUAUCUUAGGCAGAAGAAAGUGGCGGUUAUAUGAGCCUGCACAGCUGAGGGAAAGAUUCUGGUGUCUCUUUAGCCAAAAUGUGACCCAAAAUAAACCAGCAAGCUUUUGAGUCCACCAGAACUCUUCCAUCAGGUGGGAUGCUAAUCAAGGGUGUGAGAAAAGAAAACUGCCUUGGUUCUGCAGCUAUAAUGCAUACGUUGGUAAAAAAAUGCAUUUCUCUUUAGUUGUGAUUCCUGCACUGCAAGGGGGUUGGACUAGAUGAGCCAUGGGGUCCCUUUAAAUUCUGUGGGGGUUGUCAUGAAGAACAGUUACACUUCAGAAUUCACUACACCAUUGUAGCGAUCACUAUCCAUGUGAAAGGUGGUUUUGAGGAACUAGUUUGACAGGUCCAUACGAGUUCUGCCUGCUCCUCUCCCACACUCCUAUAAAUCAGGCCUGCCAAUCCCUCAAACGUAUGAGAGGGCUGAAUUCCCUAUUUUGAUUCUGUCCCACCUCUUCCUUCAAGAAACUCAAGGUGGCAUAGAUGGCCCCCCCCCCCACUUACUCCCCAUAACAAGGCUGUGAGGUAGGCCCAGAGUCAUCCAUUUGCCUUGGGAAAAAGGCUGUGUAAUCUGUGUGGGCUGUUGAGACGGGGUGCAGUUAGGGAGGCUUAUUUUGUUGCUCUGAGCCAGUGUAUGAUACCCGCCCCGCCCCCCAAAAAACAUGGGGCAGCCGGGCUACCUCACAGGGUUGUUUGUGAGGAUAAAAUGGGGAGAAAGACAACCAUGUACACCACCUUGAGUUCCUUGGAGGAAAUAAGUAGGGCUAGAAAUGUAAUUAGUAAGUAAAAGUCUUGGUAUAAGAACAGCUAAAAAAACUAGACCAUAUUGGAUAGUGUAAAAUAUAACAGAAGGUGUGUCCCUCCCCCCCCCCCCCGAGGUUUGCUUCUUACAAGAGGAUUUUAGGGCCUCAUAACAUCAUCAGUUGAAAAACAGGCCCUAGACAUUCAAGCUGACGAGGCAGCUGCAUUUUUCUUGGUUUUCUUGCAGUCCUAUGAAUUCUUGGCCUCAAUGCUGUUAGAUCUAAUGUGCCUUACUCCUAAGAAGAAAACAGGCUGUUAGCAUCCAUAAACACACCAUAACUUGAAUGAUUAUGUGUGCCUUUCUUAAUGCAGUUAGAGUUUUGUGCUUUAAGACAGCAGCAUUUUAUAAGUCUUUCGUGUCUUUUCCCUCGUCCCCCCAAUAUUUGUCUGCCAGACUUUGAAGAGCUGGAAUCACUGGAUCAAGUUCAUAAGUUUUGUUGAAUCAGUUAAACUAAACAGUUUAAAUUGGAUUUUAAAUAAAUGUGCAAUUCAUUGUUAGUAUUUUGAAUUUUAUUGUGUUGUUAAUGGUUUGUGCAAGCCGCUAUUCUGAAUAAUGUUUCUUACAGGGUAGGGGGCGCUGGGGAUGAGCUUAUGGAGCGAGGGGGGAAGCAAAAGUUAAAAUGUUUGUUUUUGCUUUUAAAAUCUUCACCCCUGGAUCUUAAUGUGGUGUUUCACUGGUAAGCACUUUCUUUCUUUCUUUCCUUUGUUGAACUUUCCCCUGUUUUUAUGCCACUGGGUGUUCCUGGAGAUAUGUAACACCUUUCCUAGGCCACAUUUGAGCUCAAAUACAACCACCUGUAACUUUUGCUUAAAAAGUACCUUUCUCUUUGGUUUUCCCAAACAGGUUGUGAAAACAAUAGGUCUGAGAGAGGUUUGGUUUUUUGGACUCCAGUACCAGGAUACCAAGGGCUUCUCUACAUGGCUGAAACUCAACAAAAAGGUAAUUACUGAUGUGGGCGUAUGUCAUCCUUUGUUUUAUUGUCUGCAUUUUAAUAGAUUUCUUUUUUAUAUUGUUUUAAUUAUAUUAGAGCUUAAUGACUUUUUAAACUGUCGUUAUCUAUCUAUCUAUCUAUCUAUCUAUCUAUCUAUCUAUCAUCUAUGUAGCUAAGCUUUCUGUAUUUUAUCUGAGUCAUUUUAAUUCGUGUUAGCUGCCUUGAAUCCCAGUCAGAGGAAAGGGAAGAUAUAAAUAAAUAUAAUUAUAGACAUACCAGUUUGCUUGCUGCCUCACCCACAAAAAGACAGGGUCCCACUUUUUUGAGAAGCAGCAGUUUCUUUAUUUUUCUUUUUUUAGUGUUUCUCCAGAGCAGUAGGAGAAACCCCAGCAAUUUUUUUUUUUUUUAAAAAAUCAGGUUGCACCAAGAAAUUGCUGCCUUAACUUAACAGGAGUUGCAGUCUCAGGAUAAAUAGGUACUCCUGAACUCUGACUUUAUUAGGAAGAAAAGGUCUGGGUAUGUUCUAUUUGUAAAAAACAUGUUUUUGAUGAUUUUCAGUUACAAGUGAAUUACUGUAUUUUUUGCCCUAUAGGAUGCACUUUUCCCCCUCCAAAAAUGAAGGGGAAGUGUGUGUGCGUCCUAUGGGGCGAAUGCAGGCUUUCGCUGAAACCUAGAGAGCGCUCUCCAGGCUUCAGGAAGCUAUCCGCAAGCCUUGGGAGCCCGCAGGACUUCCCGCUGGGCUCCCACGGAUUGCGGAGAGCUGCCUGCACCCCGAAGCCCAGGCUCGCUGAGCAGUUGCACCCGGGCUUCGGGUAGCUCUGCGCAAGCCGCAGGAGCCCUCCCACGGCUUGCACAGAGCUGCCUCUUUUCCCGAAGCCCAGGCACGCUGAGCAGUCGCGCCCGGGCUUCAGGUAGCUCUCUGCAAGCCACGGGAGCCCUCCCACGGCUUGUGGAGAGCAGCCUGUUCUGGGGGCUGGGGAAGCUAGAGCUUCCCCCGCCCCAGCCCCACGCCUGGGGGGAAAAUAAUUUUUUUUCUUUAUUUCCCCCCCAAAAAACUAGGUGCACCCUAUGGGCCUGUGCGCCCUAUGGGGCGGAAAAUACAGUACAGUGGUGCCCCGCAAGACGAAUGCCUCGCAAGACGGAAAAACUGCUAGACGAAAGGGUUUUCCGUUUUGGAGUUGCUUCGCAGGACGAAUUCCCCUAUGGGCUUGCUUCGCAAGACGAAAAUGUCUUGCGAGUCUUGAGAUUUUUUUUUCGCUUUUCCCCCCCUUUAUCUAAUCUGCUAAGCCUUUAAUAGCCUUAAUAGCCUUUUAGCAGCUAAUCCCCUAAGCCUUUAAGCCUUUAAUAGCCGCUAAACCGCUAAUAGCGCUAAUCCGUUAAGCCGCUAAUAGGGUUGCUUCGCAAGACGAAAAAACCGCUAGACGAAGACUCUCGCGGAACGGAUUAAUUUCGUCUUGCGAGGCACCACUGUAGAUAUAAAAAAGGAGAAAAGAAAAAGUAAUAUCUACAAUAACAACAGCUGUACAGAGCCAUCACAAAAGUGGUCGUUCAUUGAAUGUACAAUAGUUGGAUGAAAGUGUCAUUCUACAAAUGUUCUCAUAGGGAACAGUAUCGCCCCCAGGGGGAGGUAGGAUUAUCUAGGGGGCACUGGAGUUGAUGAUAUAAGACUCCUGCUAAGUAACUUUAAUUCAGACAUUUGGGAAACUGUUAUCACCCAAUGCAUUAAGAAUUUGCUGAACAGUUAAGUAGUUACUAAAUCUGGUGUCUAAGACUAUUGCUAAAUUACUACCAGACUCUGAAAACUAGUGUUGCCGGAUCAAGUUAAUCAAUUUUGUUGAAUUAAUUAAACUAAACAGUUUUGAUGGAUUCUGAUUAAUGUGCAGUGAAUCAUUACUGUUUUGAAACGUGCUACCGUCUUAUUUAAACCACUAUUCUGAAUAACACUUUUUAUGGGGUGGGCACUGGGCUUGAGUCUAUGGCCCGUGUGUAUUUGUGUGGCCUGAAAAGGUUUGGGAACCACUGAUCUAGACCUUGUUACCAAUUCGCUGCAGGUAACAGCACAGGAUGUCCGCAAAGAGAGCCCGCUGCUUUUCAAAUUCCGUGCCAAAUUCUACCCAGAGGAUGUGGCAGAGGAGCUGAUCCAGGAUAUAACCCAGCGCCUGUUCUUCCUCCAAGUGAAGGAGGGCAUCCUGAACGAUGACAUCUACUGUCCCCCAGAAACUGCCGUCCUGCUGGCUUCCUAUGCUGUCCAGUCCAAAUAUGGUGACUUUAACAAGGAGGUGCACAACCCUGGUUACCUUACUGGCGACAAACUGCUUCCUCUAAGGUAGGUCAGAUUUGACACAUGCUUCUAGCCUUAUCGGAAGUGUACUACUUCCUUGUGACUUUCACCACUCAUAUUCUUCCAGUGGAUCUAAAUGGCAGUAAAAAAAGGUGCAGUGUGUUAACUUCCAUAAGUGACUGGUGAUCUCAGUGUAAAGACAAUCAGCUGCUAGCCUAAGAGUGACUCAGUCCUGUCUGCUCCCCACAAGAUGUUCGUAAGUUGCUCCAGCUGGGGAUAGACCUAUCUGUCUAUCUUCGGUCUAUGCCUCAUUCAUGUUGUUACACAUAAUUGCCUUCUGUAGUCACAUUUCUAUUUGUGUGGAAACAGAAAAUUCUCAUUUAAAUGAAGGAGAGGGCUACAGAUGGCUGUUAGCCACAUUUUUUAUGCUCUUCCUUCAGUUCUAGGCAGCAAUGCUUCUGAAUACCAGGUGCUAGAAACCACAGGAGGGGAGGGUGUGGUACUUGUGCUUAGGUCCUGCUUUCCCUUGGGGGCAUCUGGUUGGCCACUGGACUAUAGGGCCUGAUCCAGCAGGCUCCUCUUAAGUUCUUAAAUCCAGGGGGGCAUAAGAAGAGUCCUGCUGGAUCAGUCCAAAGGCCCAUUUCAACCAGUGUACUGUUUACCACAGUCACCAGAUGUUGCUAGGAAGCACACAAGCAAGACACAACAGCAACUUCUUCUGCUCAUGUUCCUUAACAACAUAUUCAGAGGCACGCCACCUCCUACAAUGGAGGCAAACACUAGUGUACUAGCUGGGCCUUUCUCAGUCAUUGCUAAGAAUUCCCCACUCUCCCCUCUUCCCUAGAGUCUGGGUUUCUCUAAUUUGUGCUGCAGUGUGGCAGAGCUAAGGAAAAUCAGGGGUCUUGUAUUUCCUGCUUGGGUAGAAUUCUCUUUCCAAGCCUUGCUGGCAAAAAACAAGAGAGACUGGGAAAUAUAGAAGCAGCAGAAAAAGAUAGCUUAGCACCUUCUCAUUCAUACUCCAAAGCUUCCUGCAAGGUUGAACAAGCACUCCCUCUCCAUCCAAUCAUUGAGCAGGCAUGGGAGGUUCAAGAGAAGGACUCGCCUUGCUUGCUCACAAAACUGCCUGUCAGCACUGACUUCGGACUCCCUUGGAAUAGCAGCACUGUGGCGUUGCCACAUUCAAGCACAACAGCCACACUCUUCUCUCCUGUGGUUUCCAGCAGCCGGGAUUCAGAAGCAUCACUGCCUCCAACUAUGAAGGCAGAGCAUAGCUAUCAUGGCUAGUAGUCCUCAAUAACCUUAUUCCUAUCCAUUAAUUUGCCCAGUCCUCUUUUAAAGCCAUCUAGAUUGGUGGUCAUUACUGCCUCCUGUGGGAGUGUGUUCCAUAGUUUCUCUGUACUGCUUGAAGAGAAGCCUUUUCUUUUACCUGUACUGCAUCUUCCAACAUUCAUCUUCAUUGGAUGUCUGUGAGUUUUCUCUCCACUUUCUCCAUGUCAUGCAUACUUUUAUAAACAUGUGUCAUGUCGCCUCUUACUUGCCUUUUCUCUGAACUGUCCCAGACAUUGCAACAUUUCUUCGAAGGGGAGUCACUCCAUCCCCUUGAUCAUUUUAGUUGCCCUAUUCUGAGCCCUUUCCUACUCUGCUUUAUCCUUUUUGAGAUGAGGAGACCAAAAGUGUACAUGUACACAAUAUUCCAAAUGUGGGGCUCUCACCUGAUUGACAGAUGAUCAGGCCCCACCGACAUGUGCAAUUUGGCCCAUAUCUCCUAGGGGAGAUAAGGAUCUGGCCAACUGCCUGUAUCCAGUUCCCCACCUUUGUAUUAGGUAGAAGCACCAGAGAACAAUACUCAGACCACUGAUUGCGCUUAGGGGACUACAUUUUCCUCUGUACAGAUAGAGGAAGUUUGAAAAAUAAAGCUUCCUUUGCCACAGUUUUACAUGUAUGGAAGCUGCUUAUCUCCUGAUGUGCUUUGCUGUUCUUUGCUUCCUAGGGUUUUGGAGCAGCACAAACUUAACAAGGAUCAGUGGGAGGAAAGGAUCCAGGUGUGGCAUGAAGAACAUCGAGGAAUGCUCAGGUAAGGCUGAAAUUAUAGUAAUACUUGGUUUGUGUUGUAUAAGAGCAUCUUUUGUUCAUAAUAUAGCUUCAUCUUUAAAUAUUCAAAGUGCGUCACACAAGUCAAUGCAGUAAUGAAUGAAUUUUAUUAUUUCGGUCACAGACCAGUUCCAGCCCACAUACAAUAUCAAGGAAGUCAUAAAACACAAUAGGGAUACAUUUGAAUUUGCAAUUAGGGAUGAUACAGGGACAAUGCAGGGAUAUUAACAGGGACAAUACAGAUAUAACAGGGAUAAUACAGAUAUAGCAACAGUUAAAAAAAAUAAAAUUAAAACUUAGUCACUAACAUAUAACCUAAAAUUAUCAUUUAAGGCCUUAAUCAUUAUGAUAGCACAGCUUGUUCCCUAAGUUUUAUGGCAAUCACACAGAAUUUGGCUACCCUUAACGUAAUCUCAGGAUCCUUGUCAUCUACCAGGGAUUUUAGACAUUGAAGUUUGGAUUCAUUUGAAGAUUUUUGCAUAGCAGGGGUAAUAAAUACCGAGUGUAUAUCCCUGUAGAAACUGCAGCGUAACAAGGCAUGAGAGACAGUUUCUACCUCCAUCAAGCCACAGGGGCAGACUCAUUCCGCGUAUGGUUUACCCUUGAAUCUGCCCUGCAAUAAGGCAGAUGGCAGCACGUUGAAUCUAGCAAGGGUAAAUGACUGCCUGUAUUUAGGUAUUUGUAAUUUUGACAAAUAAUUGGCUGGGGUAAAUCCUCUCCCAUUAUCUUUUAUUGCUGGGUGUUUAUUCAUCCUGCUCACGUGGCAUUGCAGUUCCACAUCCCAAAUUCGUUGGCGGAUUAUUGCUCUAGCUUUCUCAUAACCUACAACUAUCAGGGUCUGUGGGGAAAACCCCAAGCCUCUUAGCUUUUCAUGCAGUGUAGCUUUCCAUUUGGAUUGGUAGGAAUCCAGUAGGGUUAAGGGUGCCAACCCAACAGGGAAAAAGAUAAGUUUUAACCAAUAAUGGAUCUUCAUAUCCAUAUCCGAGCGCUAACAGGGAUUUGCCAGACCUCCAGGCGGACAGCUAUGUUUAGACACACAAGAAGGGAUCCCUAACAGGCAGUGAUAGAACUUAGUUUGGAAUUAUUCUAAGGGAGCAAGGUUUAAGAAGCUGCAGAUCUGAGAGCCAUAUGUCAGUUGUGUUAAUAUUUUUGCAGCAAAGACCUGGGAGGCUGCCGGAAUAUAUUGGCCCCCUUUUCCAUAGAAAAACCUUAUAAUAGCUUUGGUAGAUCUUUGGGCAUUGCAAUAGUAUUAAUGCAGUAAUGAUUUGACAAAGAAUUGCUAACCUGUAGCUCUCCCUUCGCCUCCUGAUGAUGAUUACAAAAUCCAUCACUUGUAACCCUUGAGACUGUGUUGAGUGGGACUGGGUGGGGCGUGACAACCUCUGGAAGGGAUGCUGUCAAUAUAGGCAACUUGCUACCUCUUCGUAGUUUAAAAAUAUGCUUUGAGGCUUGGUUGGAAAAACCCAUCAUUGUAUUUACAGGAGGUCAGAAGUGUUGUGUUUUGAACUACUUUUAAACUCUGCCGAGCUUUGCGAAGAUUGUAUUAAAAAUCCAUUCUCUUGUGUACUUUUAGAGAAGAUGCCAUCUUGGAAUAUCUGAAAAUUGCACAAGAUCUGGAGAUGUAUGGUGUGAACUACUUCAGUAUUAAGAACAAGAAGGGCUCAGAACUUUGGUUGGGAGUUGAUGCCCUUGGACUCAAUAUUUAUGAGCACAAUGACAGGUAACAAGACUGUCCUUCAAACUUGCAUGGGGACUGGGAGGGGAGAGGGCCAUCUGUUGCAUCAGGCAAAGGUGCAUCUAAGUCCAGCAACCUUCUUCUAGCAUUUGCCAGCUGGCUACCAAGAUGUUUUCAGGAGGCUCACAGAAAACCAUCACAGCAGCAGUUCUUUCAUGUCAGUCCCCACCUUGUGCAGUUCAUAUCCUCUUUGUCUAUGACAGCUAAAAGCUUUUGCUAGAUCCAUCAUAGGGGACUAAAUGCAAAGCCUUAGCCUCCUAGGGAGAGUCUUUAUUUAGUGGGAGAGAUAAUGCGGUGUAAUAUUUAUAUCCCAAUCUGAUGGGUAGGUGUUUAUUUCCCAGAAAUUUUAUUUGGGAUUGGAACCUGAGAUUGGGUAUGGGAAGGCUUGAAUCCCAAGCACCAUCCAUUCUAGAUAGCGUGACAUGGGGCCAUAUUGUGUUUAUUUAUUGUGUUUAUUUAGAUCAUUUGUACCCCACUCGUCAGCCAAAAUGGCUCUGAGAAUGGCUUAUUGGUUAAAACAAGGCAGUCAUCUCCCACAGAUUUACAAUCUUUUUUUUUUUUAAUGGCACACAAGGAAAAGGGGAUAGGGAGGAAAGAGAGCAGGGUGGAAACCUCCCGUACCAGUUCUCAAGCAAUUGUUCCUAUAAUGACCAGCCUACAUAGUUCAGUGGUAGGAGGAGGUGCUUGUUGGAACUGGGCUUAUCUCCCACUGAAGCAGCCUGAGGGAAUGACUGCGCCAUUGAGGGGAGAGGAGGCCUGAUGGGGCUCACCUGUGACAACAGAGUUGGUGAUGAGAGUUGUAGUCCAGCAACAUCUGGACUUUCUUGAGCCUGAGAGAUGCUCUGUGAUUAUGUCUUGCUUUCAUACUCCCAAUUUAAUUGAUCCUUUCAAUUUAAGGAAGUAUUUUUAUCAGGUCACAUAGGGCAAGUGAUCCCAGAAAGAAGUGGGAGUUUAUUUUCUGUAGUAGUUUACAUGCUUGAGUCUUCCUGUGGUGCCCAGUGUGAUCCACAUCUGGACUGGUGCUUCUUUGGUAAUUACUGAUUAUGUACUCCUGACCUCAUGUGCCCUAUAUAUUUCCUCUGGGCACUGAUUUUAAUUAACAAAGUAUUAACAAAGCAGGUAACUGCAGGGACCUCCAAACCUUGUGGACCAAACCGGUGCAAGCUUCUGUUGGGUGUCCCCUUUCUGCAAUGUAACGCAAAAUGCACUGUGUAAAGAGGCUAGUAGCACAUCUACCAAAGCAUCCAGUCAUUGGAUUAAUAAUAUUGUGUGUACAGUGGUACCUUGGGUUAAGAACUUAAUUCGUUCUGGAGGUCUGUUCUUAACCUGAAACUGUUCUUAACCUGAAGCACCACUUUAGCUAAUAGGGCUUCCUGCUGCCGCUGUGCCACCAGUGUGCAAUUUCUGUUCUCAUCCUGAAGCAAAGUUCUUAACCCGAGGUAAUAUUUCUGGGUUAGCAGAGUCUGUAACCUGAAGCGUAUGUAACCUGAAGCGUAUGUAACCUGAGGUACCACUGUAUAGGCACCAGUUCCUCAGUAAGUGUCUUCAUAUAAGAUGGAAAUCACAUGGAAUGGGUCUGCACUCACCUAAUAGCCUGAGUUGCAUUUAAGAUUGUGUAUAUUUUCUCCAGGCUCCAAAUCCUGUAUGCUUUUGAGGCCUGAGAUUUAGUAUGUUGCUUUGGGCAAUUUGGACAAGCCACUGUCCAAGCCACUUACAUUGCAUUCUGUGCAAAUCUUACAUAAAUUCAGUGUAUCUGGUUUUGUAAAUUCUGAGCAACAUUACCUCUUUUGUCUCAGUGAUAGAAAACCAUUCGUGCCACAUCAGUGUAGUCAGGUUGUUUAACUGCCAAAGUAUUCCAAUGGGCUCAGCUUUUGAAACAUUAAAUCCUUUCUUUCAUCUUUUUCAGGUUAACACCAAAAAUCGGAUUCCCUUGGAGUGAGAUUAGAAACAUUUCAUUCAAUGAUAAGAAGUUUGUUAUCAAGCCCAUUGACAAGAAAGCCCCAGUAAGAUUUCAUUUGUGGUUUAAAAUAUUUUAGUUAAUAAUCUAUUCAAAUAUGUAAUUGAAAAUCAGUAAUUUGGGAUUGUUCUAUUUUGCUCUAUCUACAUAACCAAAAAAGCCAGUUGGUUGUGAUGGGAAAUCCCCUGGUGACAGAAUGAACAUUUAGAUUUUCAUAAACAAGUGACUCCCAGUUUGUUUGUUUGUUUGUUUGUUUGUUUGUUUUACUGUGCUCAAACUGGCUGAGACUGGUAGCACCGUAUUUUUCGUUCUAUAGGACGCUCCGUCCCAUAGGACGCACCUACUUUUUUGGGGGGGGGGAAAUAAAGGAAUUUCCCCCCCCUUUAUUUCCCCCCCCCAAAACCAGGUCGGGGAACAGUGGGAUGGUGGCGCUGCGCCUCCCUGCUGUCCCCCGAGCUUGUGGGGCUGGCCGAUGUCUACCCGGCGCGAGGGGCGCUCUACUUCAGGGCACCCCACGCGCCGGGCGGCAGGCUGCGGACACCUGCGCGAAGCAUGGGGUGUCCUCCAGAGGGUGCCCCGUGCUCCGCACUGCAGGCUGCCGCCUGCAAGCCUUGCGCGCCUGGGGGAACCCCCCCCCCCCGGGUGCGCAAGGCUUGCGGAUAGCUUCCUGUAGCCUGGAGAGUGAGAGGUGUCGGUGCGCACCGACGCCUCUCGCUCUCCAGGCUUCAGCGAAAGCCUGCAUUCGCCCCAUAGGACGCACACACAUUUCCCCUUCAUUUUUGGAGGGGAAAAAGUGCGUCCUAUAGGGCGAAAAAUACGGUAGUUGCAGUCUAAAACGUGUGGAGCUCAGCCGAUUGCAGAGGGCUGCAAUAAACCUCACACAACUGGGUAUACAGCUGGUUUGAUGGGCACUCUAAGGAACGAAGAGCUUUUCAAACAGUCAUUUGUGUGAAGAGUUUUCUACUUGGUAGUUUAGUGAUAGAACAUAAAAGCCCAUUGUGGUUAGUCAAGUGUCGUCUUCUUCCAAAGAUGAGGUAAAUUCAUCGGGUGUUUGAAAUAAAAACUAGAGAGAAGUUGUACAUUUGUUUUCAUCUGCGGGGCUGAGUGAGCAGCGAACCCUCAAACUCUGUUCAAUUGAAUACCAUUGAGAUCUCUGGAUUGCUCUUGCCUUUCUGGUAGCAGAAGUGCUUCAGGACUCUUUAGAUUAACUGGUUCCUGGAUGUCUGCUUUGUUUUUCUGGGUCAGCAAUUGUGCCAAAAAAGGUCUUCCCUUCAUUUUCAUCAGAACAGUUUUCCUGCGGUGAGACAGCUCACUCUGGAAGGGGUGAACCUUGCUGUGUGUAAGUAACAGCAAUAUCGCUGCAAAGAUGAAUGGUUCCUGGCACUUGAAUGCCUUGUCUGGAUGCAUGGAAUUCUUCCAAAGCCUUUUUUCUUUAUGGGGGUGUAUGAUUUGAUUUGAUUUGAUUUAAUGGGAUCCCUUGGUUAUAGCUUCAGCAUAUCCAGGGUUUGCAUACAGAGCUACCUCCCCCUUUUCUUCAACAAGUAGCUGAUUGGUAGAAUUUGUUGUUUUAAAUAAUUAUUUAUUACCAUUACUAAGAACUCAAAAGUGCAGUUGCAGGAUAUUACCUCAUACCAUAUGCAAAGCAAGCAAACAGUAGAUAAUAAGAGAAAGAAAUAGCGAGAGGCACCAUUAAAACAAAGACAUCCGUAUUUCCUAAGAUGGUGUGACUGGUGAGUGUUGCACAUACAAGUCCAAAGUAUAGGAGAUAAAAGUCCUACCAGAUGACAUAAAAGCAUUCUGAAUUCCCUCCUGCCCCGGGGAGCACACAUUUUUGUUUGUGCGGUUUUCUUUUGUUGUGUUUUUUUUGGAGUAGCCAAUGCCAAAAUAUUGAGGCUUUGGGACUGAAGUUCUGGGGUCUCUCUGCUGCAGAGUUGAACAUGCACUCUCUAUCAGAUGGGGUGUCUGUUCUUCUUCGGGAUUUUGUCUUAGUAAAAAAGAAAAAUGAGUUGUUCAACACCUCUGGGUUGGUUGGGGCAUGUCUUUUGAAGACAGCUCAGAAGCGGGAGAAGCGGGUUUGUGGCCUGCCUCUUUGACAAGGCGAGUUGCAGCUCAGCUUUCCCAUUCUAAUUCUGCUGCACUGGCUGUUUGCUCCCAAACCCAGGUUAAAGUGCUUACUGGUGACUUUCAGAUUCUAAGGCUAUGUGUGUGUACAGUCACCAUUCUUUCUACCUGUGGUAGAAGUCCUGCUCUGCAUCCCCUCUUUUUCAGAGGCAAGGGUUGUGCCUGGAAUUUUCUGCCUGGGGCACCAAUAGUGCAGAGGUGGGGGGUGGGGGGACUUGAUGGUGGUUCCUGUUGAUUAGCGAAAAGUUCACUUACUUCUGCUACUUCAAUCUGAUAACGUAUUAAUUGGUUGUGCUUUUCUUUUUCCAGUAAUGGGAUAUUUUAUUGUGUUAAUGUUUGGUUUUUAGACAACACUCAAAGCUGGUUGUGUGCAACAUUUCAACAGAAACACAAUGUAGACAUGCUCCACUAAUAUUCGAGUGAGGUUUAUUUAAAGGCCAUCUUUCAGAUUUAAAUUCCUAUCCAGAUUUCCAGCUUCCUGACUCAUUGAAGCUAAAGGUUGCUGAACAACCAUUUAGCUCUUUUUUGCUCCUUUUGUCUUUUUGCAUGGGGGAAAUUGCCUAAUUAAUUGGAUGCUAUUUUGCAUGUACUUGAGGCAUUAGCUACUACUGGAGAAGAAAGGGAAGUGACGCAGGUGCAUCCAUGAUUCAUUCUUUAUUUUUCAUCUUUCUUUCAAAGGACUUUGUAUUCUAUGCCCCACGGCUAAGGAUUAACAAGCGUAUUCUGGCUCUUUGCAUGGGGAACCAUGAGCUCUACAUGCGUCGGCGUAAGCCAGACACAAUUGAGGUGCAGCAGAUGAAGGCUCAAGCCCGAGAGGAGAAGCAUCAAAAACAGAUGGAGAGGUGCGUUCAACUGAAUGCAAACGCCUCUGAACAGAGUGCCAAAUGCUGACAUAACUGGUUCCCGAAUACUGGUGCACAGUGUCUUAGUCAUGGCCAUCUUCUGUAGGAAAAGUUGUGGCAAGAUUGGAGUUUAGUGAUUGGGGUGUGGCAUGUGUUCUUUCCAUAGGCAAAUCCUGCAGCUGGAAUAUAGUAGAAGAGGCCUACGCCCCCUGGAAGCCACAAGGGAGGGUGGAAGUGCUCAGAUCCUGCUUGUGGGUUUCCUAUUGGGGCUUCUGUGAGAACAGGAUGCUGGACUAGAUGGGUCCCCUUUGGUCUGAUCCAGCAGUCUUUUCUUAGUUUCACAUUGGUAUGGAGAAACUGUGGCUCUCUGGAUUCUGUUGGACUCUGACUCCCACUGCAUGCAUAGUGUAUGGUUUUUCUGUGUAAUGGGUCUAUCCCGUAACAUAUGUGAACAGCAUUUCCCUGUAGCUGCAGGGAGAAGGAUGUAACAGUGGGAGAAAGCUCCAGCUGAUAGGUCAAAUAGGCUCACCAUGGGUCACAAUUCAGCUUAGAAGUCUGUUUUCCUCACACCACACUCGUUUGCCUUAUAGGUGUGGGGCAAGUAGAGAGGAAGCUGCAAAGGAACAUUUGGAAGCCUUAAAAUGCUGUGGAUUGUUCCUUAGCAAGCAGGCCUUGCUGUCUGUGUUCAUCAGCUGAUUGGCAGUCACAGCAGGCCCUGGUGGGAUUGGUUGUGCUUUGGAGCUCCAAGCUGGGGAUUCCAUUGUGUAGCCAAAUGGUGGUGCUUAACUCCUAGGCCCAAAUAUCUGUUUGCAUUGGAUGCAAAGGAUGCUGCUCUGUGGGUGCAGCUCAAGCUACCUCCGCAAAGGAAGAAUGUGGUGUUGUUGUGAUAUCGGGUGAUUGACAGCUGGGUGGCCCUGCCCACUUGUAAAAUAACCUGCAGGGGUGGGGAAAAGCUCAGGAACCAGCCCACUGGCUGGAUCCUGCCCCACUCCUGUUCUGAUGGAGGCUUAUUUGUUUAUUUAUUUUAAAAAAUGUGCAUAUUGCUAUAUCACAUAUAUCAAAGCGGUUUGCAGCAAUAAAAAUAUAAAAUUAUACAACUAAAACCAUUAAAAAGAUUUUUUUUAAAAACCAAGACACCAAUUAACCAUUGUGGAAGGAUGUAUUCUUAAUUUCCGGCAUAGGCCUGGCAGUACAGAAAAGUUUUCGGCUAGUGUUUAAAAGUUGGCUCAGAAGGCAACCACUUGAGCAAACGAGUGCAGCAUCAGCAUUAAAAGUUUAGAAAAUUACUUUUCUUUUAAUUUACGCUAAAAACAAAAUAUUGAUUGCCGAUGACUGAAAAACUUCUGAUGCAAGACGAGAAUGCCUCAACUAAGAGUUUUGUUGCACAAGAGAGAACUGGAAAUCUGUCAGCCAGGUGGGGGUUGAACUUUGUGUUAUCCUUCACAUUUCCUCCCUGCCUAGAGCCCUGCUGGAGAAUGAGAAGAAGAAGAGGGAGCUGGCAGAGAAGGAGAAGGAAAAGAUUGAACGCGAGAAGGAGGAGCUGAUGGAACGGCUCAGGCAGAUUGAAGAGCAGACAAAGAAAGCUCAGCUAGGUAGGGGAAGCUUCUGGUGCUCACCUUGCAGGUGGUGGGAAGGGGAGCUUGGUGCUGAUUUACAGAGUUGGUGGGCAAGCUGUAGACCUAUCUCUCUUUCUCUCUUUAGAACUGGAAGAGCAGACCCGCAAGGCACUAGAGUUGGAGCAAGAAAGGAAGCGAGCUCAGGAAGAAGCGGAGAAGCUGGCGAAGGAGCGUCAGGAAGCUGAAGAGGCAAAAGAAGCCUUGCUGAAGGCCUCCAAUGACCAGAAGAAGACCCAGGAGCAGCUGGUAGGCUGGCUCUCCAAAAGCGUCGCCUGCGUUGGCCACUGCGAGAACAGGAUGCUGGAUGGGGAGGGCUUAGUGGUCUGAUCUAGCAGCCAGACCCUUCUGGGGUUCUUAGGAAGUCAUUGUAUUUAUGGAAUUAUAUAGAAUUGUAGAGUUGGAAAGGGACCCAAAGGGGUAAUCUAGUUCAACCCCCAGCAAUAGCAGCUAAGUUAUUUUAUUUCAUAAAGUUUAUAUACCACAUUGACUGUAAAAAAAAAAAAAAAGCAAACCCAAAGCGGUUUGCAAAAAGAAAAUGAUAAAGUUAUCAGUGAAACCAAUUACUUAAAACAUUUUUUAAAAAUUAAAAUCAGUGAGAAACUGAAAACAGAUAAAAAUAUGUCCGUGUUUUACCUUUCUGGGUAGGUUUGGCCAAUCAAAAAUGGUUUUAGAGGCACUGAAAAGAGUGCAGUGAAUGUCCCUUGUGUCAGUAGGCAGGGUAUGCUGCUCUUCCACUUAAAUGACCCCAAAGUGGCUCACAACACACUAAGGAAACAUGCAUAUUGAUACAACUGCCCAUUAUCAGUUCAUUUCAGUACAUAAUGUAGUAGUCCAAAUAAAUAAACAAUGUUGAUAACGCUGACACAUUUUAAAUUCCAAUGUAGAAUAGGCGCUGUUGUUCAUCACAUCAACAGGAAUUAUUUAUGCUAGAAUAUAAAAAUUAGAUCUGCUAAGCCUUUCCAGGGUGGUCAAGUGUUAAUAAAUAAUUUAACCAGAAGCUGGGUCCUCAUAAAGGCAGGAAAUGGCCGCCAUUUGUACUGAGCUAGAGUUGCCAUUAGUCCAAAAGCUGUUGACUCUAACUGUGGAGGCUGGUGGGAUUUGGGGGGGGGGGAUUUAGAAGCAAGGGGGGAAGCAUACUGGAGGUGUGAAUUACUAUUAAACUUUGGAAAGUUGGCACCACUGGAUAAGUCCAUCAGUUUUGUUGAAUCAGUUUAACUAAAUAGUUUUAACUGGAUUCUAUGUGUAAUUUUAUUACUGCUUUGAAUUUUGCUGUGUUAUGAUCUUCCUUAGUGGGUCAUGAAAACCACUAAUCUCAAUAAUGCUUUUUAUAGGGAGAGCAGGGGAACUGGGUGGUGGGCCGAAGAGGUCUAGGAACCACUGGUCUAGAGCAGGGGUCUCCAAGUUUUCCUUGCCUCGGGCCAGGUGUCUCCAGCAAUGAUUGCGCGGAGGGCGGGGGAGCAUGCAUAAACGGUGUACAUCCGGGUUGGAGGAGGCCUGUGUGCAUGCGCACAAGCUGGUAAGACCGGCCGGCGGUGGCAGGGGUCACUGCAGGCAGGAUAAACAAGUCCCUCAGGCCUUAUCUGGCCCCCAGGCCGUAGGCUGGUGAUCCCUUAUCUAGAGGAAACCAGGCUCCACUGCAGGCUUAAACUGGUUUAAUAGUUAUUCCCUCCCCAAAGGAGACCUGGGAACUGUAAUUCUCUUAGGGUGGUAUGUGUGUAUACCAGGGUUCUUCUCUUGAAGAAUCGUGCACACUCAUGAAUCUGAUUUUUGUAUCAGUUUUCUUAACUGUUUCCCAAGAUCACAGCAGGGGUGUGGAAAGUACACUUUAUACCUUACAGCUGAGCAAGGGCCAGACUGGGGAGUAGUGGGGCAAUGUAGCAUUUUAGGAGCCUGGUUGCCUACUUCACUUGUGAUCUUCUGUUAAUUCCUGCAGUCGUCUGAAAUGAUGGAGCUCACCAAUAGGAUCUUGCAGCUGGAACUGGCUCGGCAGAAGAAGGAGAGCGAGGCUGUGCAGUGGCAGCAGAAAGUGAGUGGGAUGACUUGGUCCUGUCUUGAAACAAGCCUUUUCCUUCCUCUCCUGUGCCUAGGAGUGACCAUCCCAUUUCCCCUUGUCCCAGUGAUGGGGAAAAGUAAAGACACCCCAUUUGCACAGAGAGGCAGGGGAUCCUGCUUACAAGGCAUAUUGUCCACCUUCCACAAUGUCAGUGUUGCAGCAAAUGUGCAUUUACCUUGUGUAAAAUAGACAUGGCCCUCUCCAGUAUACGCAUGCAUGAUCAUCUGUGAUGCAUGACUUUGACUCUUGCUCUAGAACAACAAUGAGGGAACCUUUGGCCCACUGGUCUGACCUGAUUUUAUUUAUAUAUUUAUUGCAUUUAUAUACCGUUGUUUCUGCCAAAGAACAAAAGGUGGUGUAUGUGGUUCUCCCCUCCUGAUUUUAUCCUCACAACAACCCUGUGAGGUAGGUUAGACUUGAGGGGCAGUGACUAGCCCAAGGUCACCCAGUAGGUUUCUUGACUGACUGAAUUAAUGCAGAAUCUCUUAAGUGGUGCUAGAAUUAUGAUUUGUCAGAAUUUGACAAAAAUGAGAUCAACCUUCUUAAGAGAAUGCUAUAUUAAACCUUGGACAUAGUGUGCAAUGCUAAGCUUACAUAUAUGGUGAGAACUGGAGAGGGCAGACCACAAUAUAAUGUAUUCAUUGAGAAAUUGAGUCUUUAUACAUAAGGACGUGGGUGGCGCUGUGGUCUAAACCACUGAGCGUCUUGGGCUUGCCGAUCAGAAGGUCAGCGGUUCGAAUCUGCACAACAGGGUGAGUUCCCAAUGCUCUGUCCCAGCUCCUGCCAACCUAGCAGUUCAAAAGCACACCAGUGCAAGUAGAUAAAUAGGUACCGCUGUGGCUGGAAGGCAAAUGGCAUUUCCGUGUGCUCUGGCUUCCAUCAUGGUGCUCCGUUGUGCCAGAAGCAGCUUAGUUAUGCUGGUCACAUGACCUGGAAAGCUGUCUGUGGACAAACGCCAGCUCCACUAACCCAUUGGUGGGUUGAUAUCCUCCCUCAGGCCCAGAUGGUCCAGGAAGACCUAGAGAAGACUAAAGAGGAGUUGAAGUCAGCCAUGGUCACACAGCAUGUUCCAGAACCAAUGCAGUCUGAGAACGAACAUGAUGAUGAGCAGGAUGAAAAUGCUGCUGAGGCCAGCGCAGAGCUGAGGGCACAUGCCUCUGCCAAGGACCGGAGCGAGGAGCAGCGGACUACGGAGGCAGAGAAGAACGAGCGGGUCCAGAAGCACUUGAAGGUAAUGUGGGGCCAACACUACUUUGAGGGGGAGUGCGGCUGGUGGGCAGGGUGUGGGCCUGAGACCCGCUUCCCUCAAAUGUCUAGCACCACCUAUUUAUUAUUAUUCACGUCAUAAAUUUUAUGCACUGCUUGAUUGUACGGGGUGGGGGGUGGGGGCGAGGCUCAAAGCCAUUUACCAAAAAGACAAAACAAUAAGGGGGGGCUGUAGAAACAAUUAUUUGAAACAUUCAAAACAUGAAGGACAACAAUAAACAUAAAAACAAGCUAGCUUUCUAGAUACCUGAGUAUUUUAGCAGGUGCCAGAAAAAGUACAGCAAAGGUGCCUGGCUGGUUAUCAAUAGGCAGAGGGUUCCAAAGUGCAGGUGCUGCCGCGCUAAAAUACUGAUUUCUUACAAAUUCAGAAUGGGUAUUAUGUGGCACUUGUAAUAGUGCCAGUUACACAGAAUGAAGCAAGUGGUUUAGUGGCCAUAAAGAGGGCAAUGCCAUCUCCCAGGUAACCUGGUCCCAGGUUGUUAAGGGCUUGAUCCACCUAUAGGUGGUACAAGAGUAGCAUAGCUAAUACCAUGAUGUCUUUCCCAUAAACCUUGGUGGUAAAAGAUGCUUCAUCAGCACACUUGGUUCCCCCAUCCUGUCAGCCCGGUGGAUUGGGGCAGGAAGUUUGAACAACCAUAAUAUCUCAUCAUAACAUGGAUUUUUAUUUGUUGGCACAUUGUGGGAAACAGGAUGAGAAAUGUCCCAGGCUUCUGUUUUUGGCAGGAGGCUAUGUGUCUCUUGUAACAUCCAGUGCUUGCACUUAAGUUCCCACUUUGUUCCCAGCAGUAAAUAUUUUCAGAUGGCUUUCACAAUAAAGUUAAUGAAAGGGCCAGGUGGAAAUGCAUCUGUCUCUUUGGCCAGCUGGACUCUACACCCUCUUCUGGCAAAAUGCUAUUUUGGGCCCUGUCACAACAGAGCUGAAGGAUCCAGUCCCCAUUGUACAGACACAUCUGCAAUUUAUCUUGGCUUCUUUCUAGCAAAAUAUUUUCACCCUGCACUUCAGUAAAACAUUGAGGGUGGCUUCCAGUUAAAUAAUAAUAAUAAUAAUAAUAAUACAGUAAAAUGAAUUGAGAUGAGAGUUUUAGUGUGAGAAUGUAAACAUUGGAGCUGUGGGUGAAAGUUUCAGACGUUUGGAGUAUCAGAACUCUCUGAGUGCUAUUAUUGGCUCUUUACCUGCCUAAGAGCAUCCAGGGCAGAGCCCACCUGGUCCAGCAUCCUUUCCUGUUGGGAUUUACUGACCCCAUAUAGACGCUUCUGAAUACAAGUUGCUGGGAGCCAGAGGAGAAGAGAGCUAUGUAUUUUUUAUUGGAUUUCUAUUUCCUACAAGGAGCUCAAGGUGCCAUACAUGGUCCCUUCCCCCAUUUUAUUCUCACAACAACCCUGUGAGGUGAGUUAGGCUGGGAGACAAUUACUGUCCCCAAAAUUCAGCCUUGGAAAAAGAAGCUCAGUGUUCUUCUGCUUGGGUCAUCCCUGCAAAUUUUCCACAGGCAUCUGGUUGGCCACGAUGAGAGCACGAUUCUGGACCAGAUCAACCAUUGCCCCCAUCCAGCAGACUCUUGUUAUGUUCUUGGAUUGGCUCGGGCAAUGUCACUUGAUUCUUCCACUGUUGGAUUUGUGAAUGGCCUUCACUGAGAAGCAUUCCCCUCUGGGGCUCUCUGCCCUCAGGCAACUGGGAUUCCACUUGCACCAAACAGUGCAACACAUUUGACUAAAACAUAUGGAUGUUUUGAUCUAUUUUUUCUUUUAUUGCUGAUUUUAUCUUUCGUAUGUUGCUUUUUAUGGCUUUUACUAUAAUUUUAUUGUGUACUGCUUGAGGGUUUUUACAAUCAAGUACUGUAUAAAUUCUAUGAAAUAAAACAAGCAAAUAACAUUUUAAAACUGGUCUUUCCUCCCUUCACGUUUUGUACCUACAGGCUCUCACGUCCGAGCUGGCCAAUGCCCGCGACGAAACAAAGAAGACUGCCAAUGAUAUGAUCCAUGCCGAGAACAUGAGGUUGGGCCGUGACAAAUACAAGACCCUCCGCCAGAUCCGGCAGGGCAACACCAAGCAACGCAUUGAUGAGUUUGAGUCCAUGUAAUCAUUCGUGAGCCUUCUGCUGCCUCCCCUGCACUCUUCCUCCCUCCCCCGCCACCUUUUUUCUGUGUUUAACUGCAUUGUGCUGGAACCACUACAGAAGAGUCACCACAGUCUGUCUGAGAGUUGGGUGCCAUCCAACAUAGGGUGAAACAGGAUUAGUCAGCUGUGCCUUAAAAAUAAUAAUAUAUAUUUUUUUAUGGUGAUGCCCCAUUUUCUUUUCUCAACCUGGGUUGAAGAGAGAAAUCUGUUCCAUGCAGCUUUAUGAAACAUCUGUGCUGGUCCUGUGACCCCCCCCCCCCAAGGACCCAUCCCUGCCACUAGUCUCUCUAGCCAAUGUUUGAAGAGACUUGUGUGUUGGGGUAUCUUUACUUUUUAAGCCUGUCUAGUUUUGAUAAUUAAAAAAGAAGUAAUUCGGAAGGAAAAGUUACUGAAGCAGAAUUUAAUGUUCUUGUGCCACCCACCCACACAUACAUACACACGAAAGACCAAAGCUUUUUAUGAUUCCCAGAGGUUUAGCAGACCAAACGGAUCACCCUGAUCUUUUUAUCGCUUUGCACAUGCCACUGCCUAAGCAGUUGAAAGAGGCAGGAUUCCAUAAAUGUUGUGAUCUGAGUAUAUUUUGUUUUCCCCUCUUGAAAUGUUGCCAUAUCCAGUUAUGUGUGUUGCUGGCCUCCAAACUUUGCUGACCACCGAUUCCCACCAGAGAUUGCAGAUUUCAACAGUAUCUGGAGGGCUCCAGGUUCCCCAACCUUGUCCAAUAAGGAGAUGAUGUUUGGGAUUGGUAGCAGCAACAUACUUGGUCCCAUUCAUAUUGACCAGCACAGUCCAACUUAAGUGUUCAGAAGAGGAUGUGCAUCAGCCAUAAACCCCAGAGAGCAAGACAGAUGUGGGGAAAUAUUGCAGCUGACCCUUUCAAGGGAGGUCUGUAGCACACACAGCCCACAUUAUCGGUGCCUUAUGACAUCCUUUUCCAUGGGUGUAAAGUUUUUAUAGAGUCCUCAUGUUUACUUGUGACCAAAUGCAAAAAAGUACCCUGUCUUCUUCACAUCACCAGCCACUUGCACAGUCACAAAACCUGCCUUUGAUUUUAAGAAAAAGCUUCUGUCUCUGCUGCCUUGGUUGUUGGAAUGCAGCAGAUCUUGUCCCCAAAUCUCUUUGGAGAGCCAGUGCGGUGUAGUGGUUAAGAGCAGUGGACUCGUAAUCUGGUGAACCGGGUUCGAUUCCUUCUCCUCCACAUGCAGCUCCUGGGUGACCUUGGGCUAGUCACACUUCUCUGAAGUCUCUCAGCCUCACUCACCUCACAGAGUAUUUGUUGUGGGGGAAGAAGGUAAAGGAGAUUGUUAGCUGCUUUGAGACUCCUUAGGGUAGUGAUAAAGCAGGAUAUCAAAUCCAAACUCUUCCUCCUCCUCCUUCUUUGCCUUGGAGUGCCUUUUGCUUUUCAGAAUUUUUAAAUAAGUUUUAUGCGGCUUUUCUUUUAGGAGGUUGCUCCUAUUUGCCUCCUAAGUCCAGACAGAACCUUCUAGUGCUACUUUGGCUACCAGUUUUUUGGGCAGGGCUUCCCUUUUCUCAAGAGAGUUUGUUACCUCACUUUUACCUGUGCCAUGACCGCAUCAGGUACAGCUGGGGACUGCCUGUCUCCCCACCCCAACCCCCAGUCUAAAGAAGCUUCUUUUUCAAAGGAGUUUUUUUUGCAGAGAAGCUGCCCUGCUCUUCUGCACCUCUAAACUCCUGAACUGCAUAAUCUCUUCUGAUCUUCUCUGUCCGCCCCUUUCCUCCCAAAGUGUGUUAAUACCAACAGUGCCACUAGAAACAGGAAAGUUGUGUGGAGAGAGUGGAACAAAGACAGGAGCUGCAGUUCAGGGGUGGGGAUCCUGUGGCUCUCCAAGGACAAUGGGAGUUGUCAUCCAGCAACAUCUGGAGGGGCACAGGCUCCCCAUCCCUGCCCUGAUUCGCUCCGGUGAGGGCAGCGAAAAACCUCCCAUAGCUGUCCCAAAGCCAUGUCAGCCUGCUUUGGGCAGCUUGGUGUUGGCAGCCCUAGUUGCAUGGAGGCAAGACUCCCUCAGCUUGCAAAAUAGCACAGUCUAAAUGUCUUCUGUGAGUUUGUUAUGCACCCCUUUUCUCCUCUCUCUCUCUCUCUCUUUUUUAAUAUAUAUGUAUAUAUAUAUACAUAGUGCCUUUAGGAAGUGAGAGUAGGAACUGUCAGCUCCUCCUCCUCCUGAAAAUAUGCAACCUCAUUACUUAGAACACUUUAACACACACACACACACACACACACACACACACACACUGCAGUUGAACUUGUCACAACUCAUUUACCCUUAAACUGAAGAAUAUGUGAUUCCUUAUCACUUUUAAUCACCUUUGAAAACGUUUUGUGCUCCAGACUUGUAAUUUGGCAGUUUUCCUCCACAUUACUGGCACACUUUGGUUCAGAGAACUACAUCCUCACAAGAGAAAUCAGCACAGAGCCUCCCAGGUCUGUGCUGAACUAAUGAAGUAGUUAAAGCAUCUCUGCAUCACUCCUGGUUGGGUCAUGGAGCUCUGUUGACACCUUCCACUGGCACAGUUGCUUUUCCUCCUGCCCUUUCACUUCUAGAAAAGGAGCAAGCCAACCUAUGCCAAGAAGCCUUAACUCCUCGUGUAGUUGGUUCAGCUGUCCCCUGAUCCUACCAGUAUUAUGUUAUUCCAGUGGUAUCUAAUGGUAUUGAUUUCAUUCUCUUUUUUUCUAGCUGUGCACGAUUAGAAAAUAUUAAUCUUGGAAAUAUGGAGGGGGAGGGGGAAAUGCCCCCCUUCUCCAUGGACAAAUGUAUACUGUAUUGUAAAGAGAUUGAUAUUUUGCAGGAAAUUAAUGUAAGAAGCAUUCAGUAUUACCAUGAGAUUUUUAGACACUUUUUUAAUUAUUUGUUGGGAUUCAUGGAGGUUUCCCCUCCUCCACUCCCCCCUCCCAACUUGUUUACUUGCUAUUACUUUGGAUAUAUCCUGUCCUGGGGGAGAGGGGGUUACCCUAUUAUGCAUUUUUUUGUGUCUGGCUUUAUAUUUGUGUUUUGGAUUUUUUCUUUUUUUUGGCUGUAAAUUAUGUCUAUCUUUUUACAUGUUUUGUUAAAACACCAGUUUUCCCAGGUGGGGUUGUUAGGUUGAUCUGUGUCUCUGUGGGGCAGGCCAGCCAUGUUGAUCCUUGCCACUCAGAUGCCUUGCCUGCAAAGGGGUUUUGUUAAAGUCCACAGCCUGUUCUCUUCAUUCAGUGCCAAUAAAGUUUAGGUCAAUUGAACCCUUG